UCCAGUUGUACGCGCUAACCAGUCUGUGCGGUGCAGGUGCGGAUCUCAUGGAAACCCAUACCUCGGGAGCCUGUAGCAUACGACAGCAGACGCAACAUGAAAUUCACUAAAGGAGUACCUCCGCAUGAGAAAUUUCCCCCACGAUUUCGAGACGAAGGGUCGCAAUGCGUAUCCGUCCCAGAGAACACUACUGCAACGCUCACAGCAGAGUUAUACGAACUUAUCGAAGGCACUGAAAUCUUAUGGUCCAAAGAUGGAGGAGCGCCAAUCGUUCCGGACAAAAGACGAAGACUGAAGAUAACUGGCAACGCGAUCCAGUUAGCUCUAGACAAUGUCCAGAAGGAAGACGCCGGACUGUACACCGUCACCGCGAAGUCUCCCACUGGCACCGUGUCCAGGGACGUGGAGCUGCGGGUGGGAGGCCGACUUACGGCCUCCGGCGACGAAGACGAACCUCCGGCAUUCCUCAGACGACUAAACGAUUUAUCCGUCAAAGUUGGCACGAGAACUAGGUUUCUUGUCGAGAUUAAAAGCGGUUCCGAGUUGACGAUUGAAUGGUAUAGAAACGAGGAAAGGGUGAAUGAAGGAGAGAGAUAUAGAUUUGUAAUUGAGGGAGGAUUCCAUUGUGUCGAUGUGGCUCCCGUGACUGCCCGCGAUACAGGAAGAUGGACCUGCACCGCUCGAAACGCUUCAGGUCAAGCAUCUAGCUCGUGCCAUCUCAACGUACUCGUACCGAAGACUUACAAAGCGCCCGAGUUCCUGGAAGAACUGCGUGCUCUUCUCACCGAACAGGGAACUGUUUCGUUGGAGUGCAAGGUAGUUGGAGUACCGACCCCCCUGCUGCGCUGGUUCAAGGACGGCAAGGAGAUUCGGGCCGGCGAUGUCUUCGCCCUUACGGCGAACCCGGACGACCCCACCUCUUUGGGGAUCUACGUCUGCGAGGCUGUGAACUGCAUGGGCAAGGCCAUCUCCAGCUCCAAGGUGCACGUUGUAGGGAAGGGAAGCAGAGAAGGGUCCCUUAAACCAGCUGACAGUCCUGUUCCUACCGGUCCUCCACCGAUAUUUGUUCGAGACUUACAAGACGAAUCCAUUAAAAUUGGAGAUCCCUUAGAAUUGUCCUGUCAAGUGUCUGUACCUCCCUGGCCUAAAUCUAUUUGCUGGUACAAUUCUGAAGGUCGGAUCGACGACCAAGUACAUGGCAGCAGGUACAAACAGAUGGCAGACGGAAUUGGAGGAUACAUGUUAGAAGUUAAACCCACAGAGGCAGCCGAUCAAGGCGAGUGGAAGUGUGUUGCCACGAGCCUGGAUGGGGUUGUUGCUAUUUCAACUUGUGAUGUCAAAAUGACCAUCCCCAAACAUUUUAGAAAGCCUCGUUUUAUGGAUACUUUAAAAGCAGUAUUAACAGAAGAAGGACUAGUGUCCUUUGAAUGCAAAGUAGUGGGAUCUCCUACGCCUCUGCUCAGGUGGUUUAAAGAUGGACAGGAGUUAAAGCCAGGCGAUGUUUAUCAAUUAACUGGCACAAAUUCGUUAGGUUCUUACUGCUGUAUUGCAAGAAAUUGUAUGGGCGAGGCUAGAAGUUCAGCAGAGUUAACAGUAGAAGAUAUACAAAGUCAAUUAAACAAUGAAGAACGCGAGCAACUAAUUUCAAGAAGUAAAGCCCCAAAAUUCAUACACGGGCUUAAAAGUUGUGAGGCGAGAAUUAAUGAAAGUUUCAGAUUUUCUGUUCAAGUUAGUGUAACUACUCCUUUGCCAACUUUGUCUUGGUUCAGAGAUGACCAACCUGUUGACAACGAGCCUGAGAAAUAUGUCGUGUAUCGAGAAAACUUAGGAGUUUGUCAUUUGGACAUUCGACCUGUGGAGUUCAACGACCAAGCCGAAUGGAAAUGCGUUGCAACCAACGAAUUUGGUCAUUCAGUGACUUCGUGUUUCCUCAAAAUUAAUAUACCAAAGCAUUUCAAGAAACCCAAAUUUUUAGAAUGUUUGCGAGCGGUGCUUUCGGAAGAAGGUGCCGUAAAUUUAGAAUGCAAAGUUAUAGGAGUACCUCAACCAAUUCUCAAAUGGUAUAAAGAUGGAGUUGAACUGAAACCCGGCGACAUUCACAGAAUCACUUCUGGAGAGGAUGGUACUUGUUGCUUGGGGACAUACACAUGCGAAGCGAGAAAUUGUAUGGGUACUGUGGCUAGUUCAGCAUCACUCCUUGGCUUCGAAGACCAAAAGACCAGAAAUCAGCAGAGAAUGGAAUUAGCCCGACAGCCAUCGCUGUCUACAAUACACGAGGAAAGAACGUCACAAUUGUAUGACACAGCGGGAGAUCAGUCGUUAACACUUGCAGACCAUGGAGAAGUAUCAUUCUCCUUCGAUGGUAAAGAAGUGUCCGUUUCCUUAUACGAAACGCCAGAUCUCACCGAAGAAGAAGCCAUACAAAUCGUAGAAAUGUACGCAGAUCAAUUGUCGGAACACGUUUCUGAACACAAUGUUGUGGAAUUACCACCCCUUCGAUUUGUAAAAGAAACUUCAACUUCGGGAAAUUUAUUAGUAGAAGCUGUCCUAGUGGAUGUCUCCGACGACUAUUUCCAAUCCGCGGAAGAAGAUUUGCGAACAGAAGCGGAUGUGGACGAAAUUUACUCAAUAACAAACGAAACGUCUAUUACGUCAGAGAAACUGAAAAUUGAUGUCACUUCUAGUAGUGAGGCCCCAAAGAGACCCCCUCGAAAAUCAGACUCGACGAAAAGUGAUAACUCUUACUAUAGCUUAUCUAAAAAUCUCUCAAUUGACUCUGAAAGGGGCGAUGAGAGCUUAGCGGGUGCAGCAGAAUUAGACACUGAGUCGUAUGGAGACUAUGAGAGCGCUUUAAGUUCUGAAAAGAACAUCCGGGAACAAGAGAGGGCUUUCCAAGUUGCUGCCAUUACAGAGACGACGAGUCUGCCGGGCGACGACGACGACAGACGACCUUUGACUCCCCACACUACACACGAAAUCGGUUCCGAUCUUAGAGUAAACAGAAGCGAAAGUCAAGAACUGAGAAGGCCUAGAAGGCGUUCUUCUCAAAGCUCUGAUGAAAUGUCGAAAGACGGCUUUAAGAGAGGUACAAUUAAGAAAACUAUUAGCUUAGACAUGCCAGACACUACAUUCCAACGGGAUAUACAAGGAGAGGAGGGUGAUGGACUAGUAACUGAUCCAGAAGUAAACGCUGCCAAGCAACUGCAAUUGCAGCAAGAGCAAGCGAAGAUAAUAGAAGAUUUGAAAGAAAAUUUACAAGAAAUUGAAAAAGGGUUACUCUCAGUAGAGGAACAGCUGUUCGUUCAAUCGACGCUCAAAUCUACAUCUGCUGCGGCAAACAGGAGUUUGGAAGUACUGAAUAGCAUUUCACAACCAUUUAAAGAUAUACAAGUCGUUUUUGAAACACUCAGGGAAAAGCAAGCUUCUCCGGAUUUGUCUACGAUCGAAUUAAUUGCCCCACCGAUAUUUGAGUUACAGAAAAGUCUAUCAGUUGUAGAAAAAUGCCUUGCAGUGAAGGGUAAAGGACAUACAUUGAUUCAGAGGACUUGUACAAACAUCUUAAGUACCACUGGGCCACAAAUUAAUAAAGGUUUGGAUUUGGUCGAGAAAAUAACUUUAUUAGAAAAAGAGCUAGAUUCUACAAAGUCAUCUGGGAGAAUGACCCCAUCCAAAAUAAUCCAGGAGGUGUGCAUUACUAUCAAAGAAAUGCAAGGUGAACUCUCUAAGGCCGAUUUAAUGCUAAAAGAAUCCUCGCAGAGCGAAAGUCAGGCAUCGGCUUCCUCCGAUAUAUCCUCAGAAACAUCAAAAGUGAAAGAUACUGAAAUAUUAGAUAAAUUCUUUGAACCAACUAAAAAUUUACAGUUGGCCCUUACUAGUUUGGAAAAAACAAUUGCGUACGAAGACAGCGAUCAAAUGUACAGCGAUUUACGUGAGAAGAUAUUAGAAAAACUAACAGACCCCAUAAAUUCCUUACAUAAAGAACUAAGAGUUUUAGAGAAACAAACUGUUAGAUAUGCCGGUGAAAAAUCUGUCAAACAAGAACUCCGAUUAGCGAUAUUAGAUAAAAUAUUCAAUCCUAUAAGUGAAUUAUCAAAAGGGUUAGAAGUAGUAAGAAAUCAAGAAAGCGGUGACAGACACUCAGGAGUUGUUAAUCUCAACAUGUUAGAAUCUUUCGCCAAUAACACAGAAGACAUUAUAAAUGCCAUUAAAAGAAUCGAGCAGAAUAUACCAGUCUCACCCGAAUCUAAAGCUGACGUAACUUUAUCUUCUCAAGAGGUCGUUGAGGAUGUUCUUGAACAAGUCAGUAACAUUGUGUUUAAUAAUAUUGCGCAGUCGGUGGACGAACUGCUUCUAAAUAUAGAAAUAGCACAAAAACACGUCACGGAUACAAUAAUUCUGGAAGCACUGCGACAGCUCUCUUCCCUACAAAAGGAUUUAGCGACGACGAUAUCAAAAGUAACGAACGUGAAAACAGAAGCAACGGUUACAGCUUUAGAAAGUUUGAGUGAGCCUAUCCAACUAUUAAACAAUGUGUUGAUGAAUUGCAGUGAACCAACGGAUAAAUAUAUUUUGGAAGACCUCACUUCAUUGUUAAACAUUCUCGAGGAUAGUAUUAUUGUAGAUGAGAGAAUUUUGGAAAGUAUGGAUCUGUGCGUAUUGUUCUCUAUACUGAAAGGGAGAACAUUUGAAGUGAGGGAAAAUAUAGCUAGUUUAAAUGAACACGGAUUAAUGCCUGAACCCCUAAUAGGCGAGCCUGUCGAAGACGAAAAUGUUGUAGUCAUAGUAGAAGAAUCUUCUAUAAGUGCAGUUCCAGAUGCACUUUUAGAUGACACCAAGAAAAUACUAUCUAUUUUAGAAGAACUGUUACAAAAACCUGCUUCAAAGCCUGUCCUAGAACCACUUGUACCAAAAAUGCAACCCCUUUCGGAAUUAAUAACUGACGAAUUAUUAAAAAAACCUAAAGAAGAAUUAACCUUAAAUGACAGACUCUCAUUGCAGAAACAUGUGUUUCCUCUGGAAAUGACGGAGGAUUUGAUUAUCGAAGCGUUGGACUUUUUAAGUAUUCAGCCUCUUAGCGACGAUAUAAACGAGACAGGUCGAUUAUUGGAACAUUUACAGUACAACGUAGCCGUGAUGCACCAACAAAUUCUAGACGAAACACAAUUUUUGGAAAUAAUGGAGCAUUACCGCAGACCCAGUUUCGACGACUUAAAACAAUGCAUCUCAAAUGUACAAACGUUACCGAUAAUAUCAGAAUCCGAUGAGGACGAAGAAUUUAUUGUUUCACCUGCAAUUAACCGUGCUGUGGUCGAAAACAUUUCUGAACUGGAAAGAUGUCUAGCCACAUUCUACGAAGCUGCUAUCACUGAAGAUGCUGAACCAGUGCCACACGAAUUGCUUAGUGUUGCUUCCGAAGUUGUGCAAUGUAUAGAAAAAGUAAAAUACGCCACUCUUCUCGAGGAAAGGGAUGAACCACAGUUUACGAUAGAAAAUAUCAAAGAAAUAAGACAAUUGUCGGUACCGCUUCAAAAACUUAGUGAUACUAUAACGGAUAUUCAGAGAAUGGAAGAAACCAGAAAAACAGCUUUUACCUCGGUGAAGGAACCCUUGAUACAAAUUGCUGAACUACUUGAAGGGAUUCCAGAAGAUUUGAAGAUAAUAUUAUUUACGUUGUAUGAACCUUUACAUAACGCGAUUGAAAUCGUUUCCUUGGAAACGUUAAACAAUGAAAUAACGCCGAGUGACUUCACUACCUUAAGUUCUGUUGGAGAGUUAUUGAACGAGUUAAGAUCCUCCAUUCCAUUGAAAUGUACUGCGGAUGAGUUCCCACAAAUCGCCGCGCAGUUACAUCCGCGAGCAACUUCACUUAAAACUUUACUGGAAAGUAUCAGUUCGGAAAAUUUGAGGCAUAUACAAUUUUCGUUGACCCAAUUUGCUAAUACCAUGUUGCAAAUUAUAAAUACAAGUACACAACCCAAAAAGGAACGUAAAAAAUUUGAUAUCAAAAAUCUGAAAGUACUACAAGAAAAUUUGGCGCUUAUUUCAAGUUCUCCACAAAAAUCACUGUCUCUACCGUUAGUUUCCGAAAUUCUGCAAUACACGGAAGUUGUAGAAGAUGCCACUACUGAUAUUGCGAAUGAAAAAGAUCUGGAACAAAUCGAAACGAUUUUACAAACACUAAAUGAUAUUGUGUCGGUAGCAAUAACUCAUUCAAAUGACGAAUUUAGUGCGCAGGAAAUAACUGGAUUCGUAGGAAAACUGAGAGCAGCUGAGGAAAACUUAAAACUAUCUGCUGACCUUAAUGAAAAGCUAAAUGUACCAACGUCAACACUCUGUGACAAUUUAAUUCAAAUUCCGAAAGAAAGAUGUGCUACAAUACUAAAUGCGAUAAGAAAAGACGUUGAAAAGUUAGAAUCUCAUCCUCAAAGACAAUCUUUAACUGCCGUUACUAAUGAUUUAAUAGAAGCGGUCCCAAAAACUCUGGACGAUGCACAAAUUUGUGAUUUAACUGACCUUGAACAGAUCGAGCAUCUUUUGCGUACUUUUAGAGGAGUACUCUCUAACAUAGAGAAACAAUCCACAACACCAAAAGAAGAAUUAAGUAAAAGUGUUAACGAUUUUGAUGCCGCUGUUGAUAGUAUUAAUGCAAUACCCAGUGUAGCGGGGAAAUUGGCAACUGUUUUAAUGAAAACCUCUUCAAUUUUACAGGACAUUAUUUUACCUGAACAGAAAUUUAUUAAAGCCAAUUUGGAGGAUUUUCAAAAAAACAUAGAAACGUUGAGAAGCCUGGAUAAAAAAUUAAUAGCUCAGCAAAAUGUUGCCACAGAAAUGCAAGACGUGAUGACUUCCAUUUCCGAUAACUUACCAGAAAUACAGAAAAGUACAGAUGACGUUAAUCAAGUCAACAAUGUUUUAGAAAGUUACAACCGUAUUGUGCAAGAUAUAAUACAGACAUCUGAAGCAGGAUUACCACUAGACAUUGUAAAACCAGAAAUUGAAAAGCUAGAUCUGAGUAUACAUACUUCAAGUUUGUCACCAAAUACUAAACUGAAGCUGGUGUCAAUCUUGGAAAGAGCAAAUGCAGCAUUAACUGAAAUGUGUGGUAAACCACCAGAGAAGGUAGCUAUUAAAAAUAUCGAAAAUUUAGAAGAAACAUUAAAAGCCUUACAAAACAUUCCACAACCUCAACAAGCGUUAAUCAAAGAACUACAAGAAACUGCCAAUAUUAUAUCGGAAAUUGUGCCGGAAUUAACAGAAGAAAAUAUGACUGACGUAAAUAUAGUGGAAAACAUUUUAGAAACAUUAAGUGAAAUCGUCAAGGAAACUGUUCUUAUUCCUGAAACAGAGACGAAAGGUAAGACUGUUGACAAACCAGCUUUAGAAAAACUCGAAGCAACAGUUCAGUCACUAAGUUUAUCACCCAACUUGAAAUAUAAGCUUUCCGAAAACAUCCAAAACACAAAUGCAGUGUUAAGUAAAGUUGUAGAGGAAAAAGGGGAAGAAACAGCAUUGAAAAGAGACUUGGAACAUCUUGAGAAAAAUAUAAACGUCAUCAAAGAGCUGGAUAACCAACCACCAGCUCUGCAGAACUUUGUCACAGAAAUGCAGGAAGUUACUACUUGUAUUUCUAAUAAUUUACCUGAGAUGCAACAAGGUUUGGAAGAAACUAUUCAAAUUCGUUCCCUUUUAGAAAAUUAUAAUACAAUUGUGGAAACCAUCAUUAUGUCAUCUAAAGCGGAACUACCACCACAUAUUUCAAAACCAGAAGUUGAAACACUAGAUAUAACCAUACAUUCAUUAAAUUUACCACCAGAUGUUAAAGAUAGGUUGGUGACGAUAUUCGAAAAAGCGAAUGCAGCUUUACUUGAAAUGUGCGAGAAACCAUCACAGAGAAUAACUAUAAAAAGUAUCAAGAAGUUAGAGGAAACACUAAAAGCCCUACAAGACAUUCCAGAACCCCAACAAGCAUUGAUAAAAGAACUUCAAGAAACUGUUAAUAUUAUAUCAGAAAUUGUACCAGAAUUAACGGAUGAAAACACAGAUGACGUAAAUAUCGUUGAAAAUAUUUUAGAGACUUUAAAUGAAAUUGUAAAAGAAACAAUAAUAUCACCAGUGCAACAAAAACCUGUUGAUAAACCAACUUUACAAAAACUUGAUGUAAAAAUUGAGUCGUUAAAUUUAUCACCUAAUUUGAAAUACAAACUCUCUGAAAAUAUACAAAAGACGAAUGCAGUGUUAAGCAAAGUAAUAGAAGAAAAAGAAACAGAAUUGUUAUUGAAAAAGGAUUUGGAAAAUCUUGACAAAAAUAUAAAGACCAUAAAAGAGACGCAUAAACAACCACCAGUUCAUCAAAAAUUUUUAAGAGAAAUGCAGGAGGUUACUACAUUCAUUUCUGAUAAUUUACCAGAAAUACAACGAAAUUUGGAAGGUGCUAGUCAAGUCUGUUCCGUUCUAGAAAAUUAUAACCAAAUUGUGGAAAAUAUCACAAAGACAUACGAGGCAGGAUUACUACCACAGAUUAUAGAACCUGAAAUCGAAAAGCUAGAUAUAAGUACACAUUCAUUAAAUUUGUCACCAAACAUCAAAGGAAAGUUGGUGACGAUAUUAGAAAAAGCAAAUACAGCACUGCUUGAGAUAUGUAAGAAACCAUCACAGGAAAUAACUAUAAAGAAUAUCGAAAACUUAGAAGCAACACUGAAAGCGUUACAGGACAUUCCACAACCUCAACAGGCCUUAAUCAAAGAACUACAAGAAACUACCAAUAUUAUAUCAGAAAUUGUACCGGAAUUAACAGAACAGAACUUAACUGACGUGAAUACAGUAGAAAAUAUUUUGGAAACCCUAAAUGCAGUUGUCAAUGAAACAAUGAUAACUCGUGAAAAAAGGAUGGAAGGGAAAUCUGUCGACACACCAACUUUACAAGCACUUGACGUAAAAAUCGAAUCUUUAAAUUUAUCGCCUAAUCUGAAAUACAAACUUUCCGAAAAUAUACAUAAGGCAAAUGCAGUGUUAAGUAAAGUAGCAGAAGAGAAAAAGGCAGAAACAAUAUUGAAACAUAAUUUGGAAAAUCUCAAUAAAAAUAUAAAGACCAUAAAAGAGCUGGAGUGUCAACUACCAGUUAAGGAAAAUUUUGUGACGGAAAUACAGGAAGUUGCUACUUCUAUUUCUGAUAAUCUACCCGAAAUACAGCAGAAUGUCGAAAGCGCCACUCAGAUUUGUACCAUUUUAGAAAAUUAUAACCAAAUUGUGGGAAACAUAGCAAAGACAUUUGAAGCAGGAUUGCCACCACAAAUUACAAAACCUGAAAUAGAAAAGUUUGAUAUAAGCGCACAUUCUUUAAAUCUAUCACCGAAUAUUAAAAGUAAGUUGGUGACGGUAUUAGAAAAAGCGAACGUAGCUUUGACUGAAAUGUACGAGAAACCACCACAGAGCAUAACUGUCAAAAAUAUCGAGAAUUUAGAAGAAACACUUAAAGCUCUACAGAACAUUCCACACCCUCAACAAACUUUAAUCAAAGAACUUCAAGAAACUGCCAAUAUAAUAUCAGAAAUUGUGCCAGAAUUAACGGAACAGAAUAUAGCUGACUUAAAUAUCGUAGAAAAUAUUUUAGAAACCUUAAACGAAGUUGUAAAGGAGAUAGUAAUUAGUCCUAAAAGAGAAACGGAAGAAAAAACGGCUGAUAAACCGGCUUUAGAAAAACUUGAUGUAACAAUUCAAUCCCUAACUUUAUCGCCCAAUCUGAAAUAUAAACUUUCCGAAAACAUACAAAAGACAAACGCGGUGUUAAGUACAGUUAUAGAGGAGAAGCGAAAAGAAAUGGUACUUAAAAAGGAUUUGGAAUGUCUUGCAGAAAAUAUAAACGCAUUAAAAGAACUAGAUCUAAAAUCAACAGUUCAGCAAAAUUUCAUCACAGAAAUGCAGGAAGUUACUACUUCUAUUUCCGAUAAUUUACCUGAAAUUCAACAGAACCUGGAAGAGACUGCCCAGGUCUGUGAUAUUCUGGAAAACUACAACCAGAUUGUAAAAGAAAUUAUUAAAAAUUCUGAAGAGGGAUUACCAGUGGAAGCUAUAAAACCAGAAGUUGAGAAGAUAGAUAUAAAUAGACAUUCUGCAAAUUUGUCACCAAAUAUGAAAGUUAAGUUGAUAACAAUAUUAGAAAAGGCAAAUUCAGCUUUAGUUGAAAUGUGUCACAAACCACCACAGAAAAUAACUAUUAAAAAUUUGAAGAAUUUGGAGGAAACAUUAAAAGCCCUAGAGAACGUUCCCGAAACUCAGCAAGCAUUAAUCAAUGAACUUCAGGAAACUGCGAACAUUAUAUCAGAAAUCGUACCGACAUUAACAGAACAAAAUAUCGCCGAUGCAAAUAUCGUGGACAAUAUUUUAGAAACGUUAACUGAAAUUGUAAAAGAAACAAUAAUUGAACCUGAAAUAGAGAAAGGGAAUAGUGCUGAUAAAUCAGCUUUAGAAAAACUUGAAGUAACAGUUCAAUCACUAACAUUGCCGCCAAAUUUAAAAUAUAAACUUACCGAAAACAUACAUAAAGCAAAUGCAGUGAUAAGUAAAGCGAUAAAUAAUAAAGAAGAAGCUACAGGUGUGAAAAUGAACUUGGAAAAUAUAGAAAAAAAAAUAAUUUCAUUACAUACUGAACAUCCCCUUUUUGAUGAGUUACAAGAUAUUGGCACGGAUAUGGGAAAUGUAUUGCCAAAACUGAACGAUGAAAGUUCAUUGCAAAUGGAGCAAUUUGAAAAAACUUUGGAUGCAUUAAAUUCUACUUUACCAAAAAUCGUGGAAAAUUGUAAAACAAAAGAACAGAUUGUAGAAUGCAAAGCAACUAUUGAUAAUUUAAGUGCGAUAAUAAAAGCUUUAGAACUACCGCAAGCUAUACAACAAAAGUCAUUGAAACCCUUUGAAGAAGGAAGCGAAAUGUUGAAACAAAAAACAAUAGAAAGCAUACAAGAUAAAAAAGCUAUUAUCAAGAAUUUGGAAAAUUUAGAAAAAACUACGGCCUCAUUAAUAAUUUUACCAGAAGUAGUUUUAAAAGAAACAUUAUUAAAGAGUUUAAACGAAAUUGUAAAUUUUGCUCAGAAUAUUACAGUUCCCCCAAAUUCAUCAGAAACAGAACAGAUUGAAACAGUUUUAAAAGAGGUAAAUUCCGCCAUUAAAACUAUAAUUGAAGUUACUUCCGAAAAUGGACCUCCAGAAAAACUUGACUUAUUGAUCGAAAAUUUAAAUUUGACAUCUAAAUCUUUAGACGCGUCUCCAAAUCUACAAGGAUUGUUGGAACCUGUAAAUCUAUUAUGUAACACUAUCCAGGACACAAGACAAACACUUUUUAUUACUUUGUUACAAAACAGUUUGAACAAAUUUGCAGAAACAUGUAAAAACUCGAAAAUAAAUAACCAUAAAAAGAUACUAAUCGAAGAUCUGAAAUAUACCCUACCUGUAAUUGAAAUGGAUAUGAAGGAUAUUGGAUCGAAAAAGAACAACGAAAAUGAGAGAUUAUUUAUUUCCAACGCUUCCCGAGCAAUAAACGUAAUAAACGACUACGUUACUGAAGAUAAAACGAAAAGUACCGAUGAAAUGAUCAAAUUUACUUCAGAAUUUCUAGAAUCAAACAAAAUAACAAGUCAAACCGAUCUCAUAAAACACGUACAACUCCUCCUAAACAAAAGUUUGUACUCUCUAAAAGAGAUAAAGAAAUGCGAAAUGGAAGAUAAAAACGUUAAAUUCCAAAAUAUCCAAUUAAUAUCAGAAUCUGUCCAAAAUCUUGCCAAAACCGUUGCAGCAAUUAAGUAUAAAAGUGUUAAUAAAGACCAAAUCCUUAAGUUACAGAAAUCGCUAUACCCCCUGCAAAUAGCAGUGAACGAUUUGAUUGAACAUGAUUUAACUGAAUGUGACUUCAAAUUGCUGGAAAACAUCAGUAAAAUCUUUGACGAUAUCGAUAGCUUUGUUAGUUCUCAACUAGUAAUAAAAGAAAAUGUCGUACCGAUGCAAAAGGAACAAAUCUUGAUAUUUUUGGACAUACUAAAUAAAGCUUUGAAAACUGUCGAUGAAAAAUCUCCCAUAAAGAAUAUAACUAGUUUAUUGAACACACUUGUUGAAGUAUUACCAGAUAUUGCCCAACAACUGGAAGUAGCUUACUCGGAAGAAGUCAAGACAGAGAUAGCAACAGCAAUUUUUGAUACGAUAUUAAACGACAUCCAAGAUGAUAUUAACAAAGGCACUGAAGCAGAAGGCGAAACAAAACUGGAACAGUCAUUAUCAAUAUUAACUAAUAAUAUGGACAAUUACGUUGCUGCUUGCAAACCUUAUUUAAAUAACGACGAAGUCAACUUAAUAGAGAAUAUAAAGUCUUAUGUAAAGUGCGUAAGUGAGAAAAGUUGUUCUGAUUUAGCAAAUAAAGAGAAGUUGCUAGAGGAUCAGCUGCAAGAUGGGACAUCUCCUGUGAUUAAAAUUUCCAGAAAUAUAUAUGAAAUCUGUAAACGAGUUGCAAAGUCCAAAUAUAGUACAGACACUUCAAAAGACUCAGAAAAUAAACUAGAAAAAGAAGAGAAAACACAAGAAACCUCGCAAAAGGGUGGAGUAAGUUUGGGAGAAAAAAUAGUGGAAGAAAUAAAAGAAAUAAUUGAAGAAAAACAAAUAAUACUGGAAACGCAGGCUGAAAGAGCUUUAGAAGAAAAACCAGCUUCUAAGGAAAUAGCGAUUUUAGAAUCGUUACAGACCUUACAGGCAUCCGUGUGUUCGAUUGAAAAGGAGCACCUUUCAGAUGAGAAAAAGGCAGCCUUCAGUGAACUGGAAAAAUCAAUUUCUGCAGUUGAAAAACUUACAGAAAAUAAAAUAAAUGAAAGUAUUUCUCCAACUGACUUUAGUGCUGAAGAGAAAUUAGCUGUGGAGGCCGCAAAUAACACGUUAACUGAAAUAAAUAGUUUUAUAAAGUCCAGGCAGGUACCUCCAGAAGAAGUUGACGAAGCUCAACAGCCUCCAGUAGAAGCGGUAAAAGUCAUGAUAGAAGAGCUAAGGCUAGCAGUUGUUGCUGUUCCAAAGGAGUCGAAAAUUAAAGAGGUGUUGGAACCACUGGAAGAGACCGUAAAAAAUGUUGUUAAUUUAAUGGAAGAUGUCCCAGUAGGGGCAGAAUGUAUAAACAAAAUAAAGACAUCUUUAAAAUGCAUCUCUGAGAACAUAAAUGCAUUAAGACCAAAAGUUCCCAAAGAAAAAAAGGGUACAGUUAGUACCCUUCAGAAAACCGCUUGUAGCUUAGAAAAGUUAAUAGAAAACGUGAAAGCUGAAAAAUAUAAAAAUCUUGAAUUAAUUAACAACUGCUUAGAUGAACUGAAAACUACCCUAGAACAUUUAAAUAAAAACGUAGAUAGUAAGGAUAAAAAAUCAAUCGGAAAAGUUAAAGAACUUUAUCAACAAUUAAACACUUCUAUAUCCGACCUUCCCAAAGAAUCCCUUAUGACACGCAUAGCGGAGGAACUCAAUACUCUGGUCGAGGGAACGGAAGGCCUUUUUAUUUCUGAACAGAAGCAGUCCCAAACUAUCUGCAAACCGUUACAGGCGGUACAACAUUCUUUACAGAAUUUGCAGGAAUCUUUGUCUACUCUCGAGACAAAACCAAAAACUAAAGCGCAAAAAGUACUAGUAACUGAACUUCAGAGACCUGUCACUACCUUACAAUUUAUUUCUGGAACGAUUCUAGAAGAAAAGAAAGGUAAAUUGUCACAGGACGACAUACACCUUUUAGAGAUGACAAACAACGUAGUAGUUGAAAUGAACAAUUUAGUUGAAGAUUUAAACUGCAAGUCCUCUUCAAAACAAGUGCAAAAGCUCCAACCAACAGCUGAAAAUUUAAAAACCCUACUAGCCAGUAUAAAUCAAGAAUCGCAUACAAAGGACUUCAUAGAACCUAUACAAGACAUAUCUAGAAGUAUUGGUAAAUUACUGGAGAAAGCUAUAAGCACAGAGCAAGAAGAAGCUGCACAGACAAAGGAAACAUUGACACGUCUGAAAAGGUCAUUAUCUCAGUUUGAAACAUCUGUGGCUACUUUGUCCUCCCAAAAGGAACCGGAAAUACAAAAAGUCAUUCUCAACGAACUACAAAAACCUCUACAGGCGAUUUUAAGUAUGGUAUCUGAAACCCCCAGUACAAAUAUGUCGCCGGAAGAAAUUGAUAACGUCAACAAAUUUAUUCAGUCUUUAGAAAAGGUUGAGAAAAGCGAAUCUGCAGCUCUUAGUAAAAAUUUACUUAGUUUGCGAACGGAUUUGUCUGCGAUGUUAGUAACUGAAGAAGCCAAAGCAAUAGGCACUAUAGAACCUGAGGCUGGUUUUGUCGAAUCUAUUAAAGACCAUUUAGAAGAAUUGAGUAGAGCCAUUGAAGUUACUCAUUUGGUAUUGGAGCAACCAAAAACUGUUGAAGACGUUACUCCACUACGUACUCUAAAUUCGGCUUUAACUGAUUUGCUUACGUUUGUUGUAAAAGCGAAACAUAUAUCGGAAGGUAAUUUGAAUAUAUUUUCACAUUUAGUACAACCUUUAGAAAAUUUACAGAUUCAUCUUUACGACUGUAUAGAAGCAAAAGUCGUAGAUGACGAAGUUAAAUUACUCAAUGAAAUCGAGAACUGUUUUAGAGAAAUCAGCACCAGAUACGUAAAUGCUGAAGAUUUCAAAGAUAUAAAAAUUGAAAACUUUUUAGAAUCACUAGAUCGAUUGCAAAACAAACUGAUAAGCGUUUCUAUGAGGGCUGUUUUGUCAAAACACUUGGAAGAAGGAAAGUCUAUCAUUCAACAAUUACUACAACCUCUGGAAGUAAUAUCCAAAGCUAUAAUCAAAAUGCAAAAUGACCUAUCUAGAAGAAUUGCUUUACACAACACCGUACAAAAAAUUGUACAAAACUGUACUUCUGUUAAUAAGCGAUUAGAGAAAUCUACAUCAGAUAUUAUCGACUAUAAAUAUUUAGAAAAACCUUUUUCUAAUAUAAUAAAUGUGCUGAGUGGACCAAUAAGUUUAGAAUCGCCAAGCGGUACUUUAGACUUGAUUGAAAGUGAAGUAAGAACCCUUGCUGAGGAAAUUAAACAGCAGUUAAAGGUUGAUUCGACAUUACCUCUCGACGAAUCGUUAAAGAAACUUACAACUGUAUGUGCAAAUAUAUUAAACAGUAAGAAAGACGCCAUUAAUAUGAAUUUAUUAUAUGAUCUUGCUGAUUGCAUUGCAUCCAUCGCUAAAGUUUUUCCAACAGAGGAAGUAGUAGAAAGAAAAAUUACCGAAGGAGCACAGCAACCAUUACUCGAAUUAAAAACCGAGAUAAGCAACUUGCAAAAGGCAAUUGUCAAUGUUCAACCAAAAGCAGAUAGAUGUUUAAUUUCUAUACUUGAUAUGCACGAGGCUUUAAGUGACUUGAAGCAGGGACUAGUUUUAUCUGAAGUACUGCUCAAUGAAACGAUAUUAGAGUUGCAUGAAGACGUCCCAGAAGUAAAAUGUCUGAACGCAAUAGAAACUUCUUUGAGAAAGAUCAAAGGGGUCAUAGUAUCUGUCCAAACAGCCAUUCAAAAACCAGUCUUGGGCGAAAUUGAAAAAGCUUCUGCUGCUGAAGCUAGAUUGAUUUUGAAACAAGCUUUAGAAAUAAUUCAAACUCAACCUGCAACAAAGCUGUCAAUAGAAGAACCAUUAAAAUGUCUGAUUUCUAAAAUAGAAGAACUUGAAGGAGGAACUGAGGAGACGAAGCUUGUGGAAGAUACAGCAGAGCAAGUAAAAGCAACUGAUGUAGCUGUAUUAGAAGAACAAGUAGCUGAAACAGAAAAGCAUGUAAUAGAUACAGCAGAACAAGUAAAAGCAACUGAUGUAUCUGUAUUAGAAGAACAAGCAGCUGAAAUACAAAAGCAUGUAGAAGAUGCAGCAGAACAAGUAAAAACAACUGAUGUAGCUGUAUUAGAAGAACAAGUGGCUGAAAUACAAAAGCAUGUAGAAGAUGCAGCAGAACAAGUAAAAACAACUGAUGUAGCUGUAUUAGAAGAACAAGUGGCUGAAAUACAAAAGCAUGUAGAAGAUGCAGCAGAACAAGUAAAAGCAACUGCUGUAGCUGUAUUAGAAGAACAAGUAGCUGAAAUAGAAACGCAUGUAGAAGAUGCAGCAGAACAAGUAAAAGCAACUGCUGUAGCUGUAUUAGAAGAACAAGUAGCUGAAAUAGAAACGCAUGUAGAUGAUUCAGCAGAACAAGUAAAAGCUACUGAUGUAGCUGUAAUAGAAGAACAAGUAGCUGAAAUAGAAAAGCAUAAUAUAGAUGAUUCAGCAGAACAAGUAAAAUCAACUGAUGUAGCUGUAUUAGAAGAACAAGUAGCUGAAAUACAAAAGCAUGUAGACGAUGCAGCAGAACAAGUAAAAGCAACUGAUGUAGCUCUAUUAGAAGAACAAAUAGCUGAAACAGGAAAACAUGUAGAAGAUACAGUAGACCAAGUAAAAGCAACUGAUGUAGCUGUAUCAGAAGAACAAGUAGCUGAAAUACAAAAGCAUAAUAUAGAUGAUUCAGCAGAACAAGUAAAAUCAACUGAUGUAGCUGUAUUAGAAGAACAAAUAGCUGAAACAGGAAAACAUGUAGAAGAUACAGUAGACCAAGUAAAAGCAACUGAUGUAGCUGUAUUAGAAGAACAAGUAGCUGAAAUACAAAAGCAUGUAGACGAUGCAGCAGAACAAGUAAAAGCAACUGAUGUAGCUGUGUUAGAAGAACAAAUAGCUGAAAUAGAAAAAUUACUUAAUGAAAUAAGCGAUUUUCAAACUAUUGUCAGAGAGAAUACAAAUCAGGAAAUAUAUAGUAUGGCAAUAGUUGGGGAUGCCAUUGAACCACUAAAGUUUUUAUAUGAAUCCUUAAAGAACUUGAUACAAAUUGUUACAAAAUCUACAGAAACUGAUUUUCAAGCAAAAACCUGCGAGGAACUAACAACAGAAAGUAAACUUUUCAACAAUUUCGCAACGACCUUAGCAAAGUUAAAGGAAGUACGUGAAAUAGAAACAAUGAAAUUAGAAAAAAGAUCUUUAAUAGAAGUCAUUAUAGCACUUAUCAAAAGUACCGAAGUCAUUAUCGAAAAAUCGAAAAGUGAUAAGCUGCUGGAAUGCAUAUGCGAACCUCUAAAAUUUUUGCUAAUGACUUUAGAUAACCUCAACAAAGAACUCGUCAAGUACGACAAAAUCUUAGAGCAGAAUAAGGAAGACGUUAUUACUGUGAAGAGAGUCAAAGAAUACUUGUUAAAAUUAAAUGAGAGGUUGGAAGAACUUAAAACUGAAAAGCCUUUGCCAACACAGCAACAACAACUACUAUAUGUAAUCCAAGCCGAAACGCCUUUACCUGAAAUAACAAAGGAAAUUCAGAAUUUGGAAAACCGUUUAUUGACAGAAACAACCUCAAACUUAUCACCUGGUGAUAGAGAAAUAUUAUCUCCAUUGCAAGAACUGUUACAGCAAUACUUAAUUAUCAUUGAAAAUAUUAAAGAUGUAACGAUGCAACCAGAAUUAUUGGAAAAGCUGAAGCCUAAAAUGAGAGAAUCAGUUUCGUCUUUAAAACAAUUUUUAGAAAAAUGUACUCAAAAAUGUAUUGAUACAAAAGCAUUACCUUCGUUGACGAACCCACUUCGAAUUCUUUCUGGAACAGCAGAAGAAAUAGAAAAAAUUUUGAUGCAAUCGGAAGAAGUACAAGAAGUUCCGGUAAUAACUGACAUAACCAAACAGAUUUCACUUAUAAAGUAUGAUUUACAUAGGUUGCGAUCUGAAAUUGAAAAACGAAAUUUACCAUCAGAAACAAGAAUACUAUCUGUAGUUCAAAUAAAUGAACCUUUAGAGUGUCUUUUAUCUUCAAUAUUAGAGAUAACUGAUGAAGUAAAACGUAACAUAUCACCAGAACAGGUAGAGGUAUUAAUAUCUUUGGAAAGGGCGUUAAAAAAAUUGUCUGAAGUUGUGAAAAGUUGUAAUGAUGUUAUUGCUCAUGAUGAGUCAAUAACUAAUUUAAAGCCUAAGAUUAUGGGUGCCCUCUCUGGGUUGAAAGAACAGAUUGAAAUAACAAUGCAAAUCGAUCUUGGUUCACUUCAAUCUUUAAAAUCUUCUUUAAGUGACUUUGCAACAACUGUAUCCCAGGUAGUAGAUACCUUAACGAAACUAGAUGAAAAACCUAAACGUUUUGAUGUUUCUGCAAUUAAGGAAUUGGCAACUUCUGUGUCCAAGUUAAGCAGCGAAAUCCAACAAUUUAAAAUGAAAACCCAAGAACAAGCUUUGUCACCUCAAACAGGAGUUGCUUCGAUAAACAAAAUAAGUGAAGCUUUGUCCGUACUUUCUGAUGCGACUUUAAAUAUCGAGAACACUGUGCUUGAUGAAGCGAUUCCAGAUAUAUCAGAAGAACAAGCAAAAGAAUUGACAUCUUUAUCUGAACCAUUGGAAAAGUUGUCGAAAAUAGUUAUUGAUUGCAGAACUGCUAUUAAUCAACCAGAGAUUUUACAGCAACAUGAUCCUGAUAUAAACAAAGCUGUAAUUGCCCUGAAACAAUCCCUUGAUAAAAUUACAGUUACGGUUUCUACAUCAAAAUCCUUAGAAUCUUUAAUAAAACCUAUACAAGCGUUCACUGAAUGCAUUUUAGACGUUGAAAAGUCUCUGAGUCGAAUGGAAGACAUAGGAAACCGAUUAGAUAUAUCUGCUGUGAGAGAAAUACUUAUUCCGUUAAGAGUGUUAAAUGAUGAAAUUCAAAAUUUAAAUACUAAAAUCCAGGAGUCGGGGCCAACUCCCCAAACGGGAACUCUUUCUAUUGUUAAUAUCAGUAAUCCUCUACUUCUGCUUUCAUUAGCGAUUUUAGAUGUAGAACAUCUGCUUACUGAGGAAAGUGUCCAGGACAUACUACCGGAACAGGCAGAUGUAGUGAAAAGUUUGAUCGAACCUCUGCAAAAGUUAUCAAAGUUAGUUGUAAAUUGUAAAGAAAGUUUAGGAAAUUCGGAGGUAUUGGAAAAACACAAGAAGGAAAUUAGUAAAGCUGCAGUUGUAAUAAAACAACAAAUUGAAGUUGUUGUACAAGCAAUAGCAGAGAGUAAAAGUCUACAACUUAUAGUAAAUCCUCUUGAACAAAUUGCAGUGGUAAUUUCUCAAAAUCUAGAACAAAAAGAGGGGGCAAAACCAGAACGACCAGACCUUAAAGCACUGAAAGCAAUUGUCAGUCCACUGUUAAACUUAAAGGCUGAGAUCCAGCAAAUUACACAAGAAAAACUUGGAGAAUCUGCUCAACAAGGUGUAUUAGGUUUGAUAACAAUUAACGAGCCUUUAUCAGACCUUAUUGCCAAAAUAUCAGAAGUAGAAGAACAGAUAAAUAAAGAAGAAACUAGUGAUAUACCAGAACAACCAUCGGAGAGUAUCACAGCUCUAAUUGAACCCAUUGAAAAACUUUCAAAAGUUAUCGUUGGCAUAAGAGAAGCUCCCUUGACUCCGGAAGUGGUAGAAAAGCAGAAUGAAGAAAUACACAAAUCAUCUCUUGCUCUGAAAGAACAAUUAGAGAGGACUAUAACUCAAAUACCAGAAGCUAAAUCGUUGCAACAAAUAGCAGUUCCACUUCAAUCGCUUUCGGCAGCGCUUUCAGAGAUGGACGAUCAAUUGAAAGAAGCUGGUAAACAAAAUUUGGAAGGAGAGACUAAAAAGUCUGAACGUUUCGACCUUACCGCAUUAAAGGAGAUAGCGACACCAAUUUUGAAUUUGAAAGACGAAAUUCAAAGCCUGAAAGCCGUUUCACAAGAAUUUUCACCGCAACAAGGCAUUUUAGGAAUCAUGGAAAUUAAUGAACCUGUAGCGUUGCUCUCUGCUUCUAUUGUGGAGAUUGAAAAGAGUAUAAAUGAGGUUGAGGUGCAAGACAUAUCAGCACAACAAGCGCAAAUUGUAACUGACAUCAAAGAGCCCAUCGAGAAAAUGUCAAAACUUGUUAUAGACAUUAGGGAAGUCAUUUCAGUGCCAGAGGUAAUCGAAGUAAAGAAGCCCGAGAUUCUAAAUGCAGUAUUGGCACUAAAGAAGAGUAUAGAAAGAAUUGUGCAGUGUAUUCCAGAAGCAGAAUCUCUGCAAUUACUAACUGUACCGCUCCAAGCAUUGUCAACGGCUAUUUUGACAAUUGAAGCUAAAUCCAAAAUUAGUAAGAAGGAAACACGACGCGAUGUUUCUUUUGUAAAAGUUAUAGCAGAACCAGUUACGGUUUUGUUGGACGAGACAGAACAACUUCGAACAAUGCUACAGGACCUUGGUAAAUCACAGCAAGGAGUUUUAUCAAUUAUUGAAAUAAAUGAACCUUUAUUAGCCCUUAAAGAGUCGCUUUCAAAUGUAGAGGGUAUAUCCAAAGAAGGGCUUGAGGAUAUAUCACCUAUUGAGUCUGAAGUGGCCAAUGUCUUGAUAGAACCAUUGCAACAAAUAUUAAAUAUUACUGUACUUAGUAAGGAAGCCAUAACCGUCCCAGAAUUAUUGGAAAAACAGAAACCUGAAAUGAAGAAAUCUGUAUCAAUGUUGAAGCAAUGCAUAGAUACAUUUUUGCAAGGAAUUCCUGAAACUAAAAGUAUAGAUAUUUUAAAACUUCCUCUCGCUUCACUUUCGGCAACUUUAUCGAACAUUGAAACGGUUCUAGAGGAGAAGAUACGCUUGGACGUUUCCGCCUUGAAAGAAAUAGCAUCCCCGAUAUUAAAAUUGAAGAAUGAAAUACAAAAUCUUCGCGUUUCCCAAGAGUUAACAUCCCCACAGCAAGGUAUAUUAGGAACAAUUGAUAUUGUAGAACCCUUAUCUUUACUAUCAUCUUCUGUAGAGGAGAUUCAAAAUAGGUUAAGUGGUGAAGAAAUUCAAGAUAUAACUAAAGAACAAGCGCAAACUAUAACAGAACUAAAAGAGCCAAUUGAAAAAAUGUCAAAGCUUAUAGUGGAGAUUAAAGAAGCUGCUUCAGUUCCCGAAAUAACUGAUGUGAAGAAACCUGAGAUUCAAAAGGCUGCAGCUGCGUUGAAGCAACAAAUAGAGAAAAUUGAACAAAUUGCUUCUGACGCCAAAUCUAUACAAUCAUUGACAACACCUCUUCAAGUUCUCUCAGCUGCAAUUUCAACACUCGAAGAGUCCAAAGUAGAUGAGAAGGAAAUUCAGAAAUUUGUUAUGGCCAUUAAAAAGUUAACAAUGCCAGUUACUACGUUGGUAGAAGGAAUAAAUCUGCUUCAAAUUAAAAUGCAAAACCUUGCUCUUCCUCAACAGGGAGUCUUAUCUAUUGCUGAAAUAAAUGAACCAUUGCAGUUACUUAAAGAUUCUCUUUUAACUGUUGAAACUAUUUCUGCAGAAGAUAUUGGUGAAAUACCUUCGAUUCAAGAUGAAGGAGCAAACACUUUGGUGGAGUCACUCCAACAAUUAGCAAAUGUUGUUGUAAUUAGUACGGAAGCUGCAGAAAGUCGAGAAUUAUUAGAAAACCUGAAGCCUAAAAUGAAGCAAGUUAUAUCUGCCUUGAAACAACAAAUAGAAAAAGUUGUGCUCGAUAUCCCAACGUGCAAAGCUUUGGAAAUCGUGAAACCAAAUUUCGAAACACUUUCCGCAAAGUUGACCAAUAUAGAGACGGUUUUGGAAGAGAGUGUUAAACAGUCGCAACGUUUAGAUAUAUCUGCCUUACAAGAAAUAGCAAAACCUAUUUUGAAAUUAAAAGACGAAAUGCAAAAUUUACAAAUUAUUUCACAAGAACAAGCGCUAAUUCCUCAGCAAGGCGUGUUGGGAGUUAUGGAAAUUAAUAAACCUCUAGCUUCACUCUCCGAGUCUAUUGCGGAGGUACAAAAGGUCAUAUCUGACGAAGUUGGUGAUAUUUCCACACAGCAAGCAGAAAUAGUAACAAAUCUAACGCAGCCAAUUGAGAAGAUGUUAAAACUUGUUGUAGAGAUCAAAGAAGUUAUUUUAGUUCCAAAAUUAAUAGAAGAGAAAACUCCUGAGUUGAGAAGUGCUACUCUCGCAGUAAAGGAAAAAAUAGAGGAAAUUAUACAACUUAUCCCGGAAACAAAAUCUAUUCAGUCGCUGCAAACUCCAUUAAAAGCUCUCUCGGCAGCAAUAGCAGUAAUGAUAAAUGAAUUUCUUGGACCAGUUAGUGAAUUAUCAAACGAAAUAAACAUGCUGCAUCAAAGAGUACAAGAAUUAGCUUUACCCCAACAAGGGGUUUUAUCUAUAAUUAAAACAAAAGAGAUUUUAUCGUUGCUUAAAGCUUCAAUAGAAAAUAUUCCGAAGGAAAUCCUUGAGGAUAUGCCUCCCGCAGAAAUAGAAAUAUUAAAUACUUUAAUAGAACCAGUUAAACAAUUAUUAAUUGAUGUGGCAAUUAGUAAAGAAGUUAUUACAAAUCCUGAAUUACUGGAAAAACAAAAGUCGGAAAUGAAAACAUCAGUAACUGCCUUGAAGCAACACCUUGAACAUGUUAUACUACAUAUCCCAGAAAGUAAAUUUGUAGAAAAUUUAAAUCCCGUUUUCGCAUCUCUGUCAGCAGAACUAGCUCAAAUAGAACAAAUAUUAGAAGAGACUGUGGCAAAACCGAAACGUUUAGAUUUUGAUGCCUUAAGUGAAAUAAUACAACCUAUAUCACACUUGACACAGGAAUUACAAAACCUGAAAGCAGUUUUUCAAGAUUUGACAUCGCCGCAACAAAGUGUAUUGGGAGUUGUUGAAAUUAAUGAACCUUUGUCUUUAUUAUCUGCUUCCAUUUCGGAGAUCGAAAAAAAUUUAAAUGAAAAAACGGCGGAUGAUAUAUCUGUUCAACAAGCACAAGUCAUAAAAGAUCUGGCUACGCCCAUUGAAGAAAUAUCAAAACUUGUUGUUGACAUUAAACAGACCGUUUCAGUUGCUGAAAUAGCAGAAAAGAAGAAACCGGAAUUACAAAAGGCGACUUUAGCUAUGAAGGAACAAAUAGUAAAUAUUAUUAAUAUUAUCCCUGAAACAAAAUCUAUACAAGCAUUGCUUCAACCGCUGCAAGCUGUAUCCGCAGCGGUUUCAUCUGUAGAAAAACAAUGGGAAGAACCUGAACAGCAAAUUACGCAGGCUAUUCCAUGCGCGAUAGCAUCACCGCUCACACAUUUAAUUGAGGAAAUAAAUCAGCUUCAAAUGAAGGUACAUCAACUAGCUUUACCUCAACAAGGGGUGGUAUCUAUUGUUGAAUUAAAUAAGCCGUUAUUGUUGCUCAAAGAAUCUGUUUUGAACAUCGAAUGUAGUUCCAAGGAAGACUUUACUGAUGUAGUAAAUGUUCAAGAAGAAAUAGCAAGUAUCCUAGUAGAGCCAUUACAACUACUAUUGAAUGUUGUAGUGAAUACUAAUAAAUCUAUCACUACUCCAGAUCUAUUAGAAAACAUAAAACCAGAAAUGAGACAAUCUGUAUCCACUUUGAAGCAACAAAUUGAAAUUGUACUACAAAAAAUUCCAGAAAAGAAAAAUAUAGAGGCAUUGAAACUUUCUAUGACUACUCUAUCAACAGAAUUGUCAAAUAUAGAACAGAUGCUGGAGGUGGAGGAGAAACCAAAACGUCUAGAUAUUUCUGUUUUAAAAGAAAUAGCAAAACCAAUUUCAAACUUACAAAACGAGGUACAAAACUUGAAAGUUAUAUCUCAGGAACUGAACGUGUCACCACAGCAAGGUGUUUUAGGAAUUAUCGAUGUUAGUGACUCGUUAUCUUUAGUUUCGGCUACUAUAUCACAGAUACAGGACGCCAUAUUUGACGAAACAGUUGAUAUAACUCCACAACAAGCUAAAGUCAUAAGAGAUCUCACUGAACCAAUUGAAAGAAUGUCGAAACUUAUCGUAGAAUAUAAAGAAGUCAUUUCAGUGCCAAAAAUAGCGGAAGAGAAAAAACCACAACUGCAAAGUGCCGCUCUUGCGGUAAAAGAGAAAAUACAGAGAAUUGUGCAAUUAAUUCCUGAAACAAAAUCUAUACAAUUCUUGAUGAUACCACUUCAGUCUCUUUCUGCAGCACUGACACUAAUUGAGACACAGACUAAAAUUGAUGGUAAAAAGUUGAAGUUCACAGAAAUUCUAGAACCAGUUUUAAAGCUAGGUCAUGGUCUGAAUCAGCUAGAAUUAGAAAUAAAAAAACUUGGAUUGCCCCGAGAAGGUGUUUUAAAUAUUACGAGACUCAAUGGGCCUUUACUUUUGCUGAAAGAAUCACUUCAUGGUGUUGCGGAUGUUUCUGAAAUAAUAAGUGAGGCUUUAAAUGCCUUAAAGGAACCUUUACAAUCAGUAUCUAAUAUUGUGAACAUCAUGAAAGGAGACGUUAUAAAACCAGAACAAUUAAAUAUCCACAGAUCAAAUAUAAAGCCACAUUUGUCUCAGUUGAAGCAACUUACGGAAAAAAUCAUUGACGAGAUAGGUAGUGCAAAAUCCUUAGACAAGUUAAAAGAUGCAUUUACUUCUCUUUUGGCAGCUCUUUCGGAUUUAGAACAAAUAUUAGAGAGAGAAGACAAGAAGGUAUCAGAUACCUCUGUUAACAAGGAACUUAUUCAACCAAUAGCGAAUUUGAAAUUAGAGAUAGAGAACCUCAAGGAAAUUACUCAAAACCUUACAUCAUCACCACAACAGGGAGUAUUAAGCACAGCCGAAAUUAGCGAAUCUUUAUCCUUGCUGUCUUCUUCCGUGUCAGAAAUAGAAAAAGCAGUACAUGCGACGCAAAUUGAACCUACAUCGAUACAAGAAACAGAAGCAUCAGCAGUGCUUGUAGAACCAAUCGAAAAAUUAUCAAAAAUAGUUGUGGGUAUAAAAGAGAGUAUUUUAAAUCCACAAAUAGUUGAACAACAACAAUCUUCACUGCAACAAGCUACUCUUGCGGUACAACAACAAAUAGAAGAGAUUGCUCAGUUAACUCCAGAGGCCAAAUCUGUAAAGUUACUGGAAAUGCCACUUCAGUCUCUUUCAGCAACAAUUGCACUAAUAAAAGAAAAGCAAGCCCGACAAGACAUAUAUGCUGUGAGACAAAUCUCAGGUCCGGUUUUAAAAUUAACGGAUGAAGUCAAUCAAUUACAAAUAAAGAUGCAAGAAUUAGCUGUACCCAAAACUGGUGUAUUGACCAUAGUUGCAAUUAAUGAAACCUUACAAUCGCUUAAAUCAUCACUUUCAACUGUAGAAAAUCUUAAUAUAGAAGAAAGCGACGAUAUUUCACCGAUCCAGAAAGAAGUAGUAACUACUUUAAUAGAACCAUUACAGAAAUUACAGGGUGUGAUUGUAUUGAGCAACGAAAUAAUUACUAACCCCGAUUUGUUGGACAAAGAGAAAAGUGAAAUGAAAUCAUCUGUUUCUGCACUGAAGCAACAAAUAGAGAAAAUUCUACAAGAUGUUCCUGAAAGUAAAGCAAUUGGGAUUUUAAAACCUGAUUUCACCUCACUUGUAGCGAAAUUAAUGGAAGUGGAGCAAUCCUUGGAACAGAAGGUCGACCAAUCCGAACGUUUAGAUAUAUCCGUGUUACAGAACAUAGCCAAACCGAUUUCAAUAUUGAAGGAUGAAAUAGAAAGUUUAAAAAUCAUAUCACAAGAUUUAAAAGUAUCGCCACAAAGAGCUGAUUUAAACGUUAUUGAAAUAAGUGAACCUUUAUCUCUACUUUCUGCUUCAAUUUCUCAAAUACCAAGCAGUAUAGAUGAAACAGUCCAGGAUAUAUCUGCACAACAGGCUCAAAUUCUUUCAGAUUUUAAGCAGCCAAUUGAAAAACUUUCAAAACUUGUUAUAAAUAUUAAAGAAACCAUGUCAGUUCCCGAGAGAGUGCCCGAAAGUAAAUCCGAUAUGAAAACAGCUGUACGGGCGUUAAAAGAACAUAUAGAUAUCAUUGUGCAAUGUACUUCUGAAGCGAAAUCUAUACAAGCAUUGAUUGUGCCACUUCAAGCUCUUUCAGCAGCGAUGUCAGUGUUGGAAAAAGAACCUAAACCUGAUAAAAGUGAAGGACGACGGGACAUACUGUUGAUUAAAGAAAUAUCCAAACCAGUCUCUGCUUUGUCAGAGGAGAUAAAUCUUGUUCAUGCAAAAAUUCAACAUCUUGCGCUAUCUCAACAAGGAGUUUUGUCUAUAACUGAAAUAAAUGAGCCAUUGUUACUACUUAAAACUUCCCUUUUGGAUGCAGAAAAUAUCUGCAAAGAAAAUCUUGAAGAUAUAUCAGUUAAUCAAGCUGAACUGGCAAAUACUUUAGUGGACCCAUUACAGAAAUUGCUAAGCGUUACAGUUUUUAUUAAGGAAGUUAUUAAUAGUCCCGAGUUGUUAGAACAACAAAGGCCUGCUAUGAAAAAAACUAUUUCUCUAGUAAAGCAACAUAUAGAAAAAGUCAUGCAGGAAACUCCAGAACACAAAUGUAUAGAGAUUCUAAAAACUGCUCUUGUACCUCUCUCAGCGUCGUUAACACAUGUAGAACAAAAUUUGAAUCAGACUGUUGAUGGAAAGAAAUCUGCAUUAAAAGAAAUCGCUGAACCAAUAACGAAUCUAAAAAAGGAGAUUCACAAUCUUCAAAUAACUUUGCAGGAGUCUCCGCAGCAGGGUGUUGCAGAUACCAUUGGAAUUAUCGAGCCGCUGUCUUUACUUUCCGCUUCAGUUUUAGAGAUAGAAAAGGCAAUAAAUGAGGGAGACAUUCAAAGCAUACCAGCGGAACAACAAGAAACAGUUACAGUUCUUAUAGAACCUAUUAAAAAAUUAUCAAAAGUUGUUGUUAGCAUAAAAGAAGGCGUUUUAACAUCGCAAGUAGCGGAAAAACAGACGCCAGAAAUGCACAAGGCUGUUCUUGCGUUAAAAGAGCAGAUAGAGAAGAUUGUGUAUUCUACUCCAAAACUUCAGUCGCUACAACUACUGGCUACGCCUCUCAAAACUCUCUCUGCGGUAAUUUCUCUUAUAGAGAAUCUCUCUCAAAAAGAGACAAGAAAAAUUCGCGAACGCAUUCUUACGAAACCAGCAGAAACAAUUUCAAAUUUAAAAAAAGGAUUAGAAGAACUCCAUCUAAAAAUUCAAGACCUUGCGGUACCUCAAAAAGGAGUCUUGUCUGUUACAGAAAUUAAAGAACCAUUGUCGUUACUAGAAACUGCAGUAUUAAAGAUAGAAGAAACUGUUCAAGAACUAGCUCCUACUGAUUCCGAAUAUAUAUUUGGAUUAAUACAACCGUUAUCGGAAAUUUUAAAAGUUGUCGUUACGAGUAACGAUGCAUUAUCUAAGCCAGAAAUACUGGAGCUGCAAAGACCUGAAUUGAAAAAAGCAUUCAUUUCUUUAAAACAGAAAACAGAUGAAUUGCAGAAAAUUGCGGAUGUUAAAGUUGUAGAUUUGCUCAUACCUCCUCUUCAGUCACUUUCAUCAGCUAUUACGCAAAUAGAAGAAUCUUUAAAAGAAUCUGAAGCACCACCAGUAAAAGAAAAAGCCUCCUCUUGUGAAAGAAAGGAUUUAAUUCGACUAGAUGUUUCGUCAAUGAAAGAAUUAUCACCACCCUUAGCUAUUUUAGGCGAUGCCUUAACUCAACUUAAAAUAAAAGCCCAAGGUACUUCUGUGGCAUUAGAUAAGGGCGUUUUAUCUGUAAUUGAAAUAAAUGAACCUCUUUCUUUGGCAACAACUUCAGUUUCACAAAUUCUAAACCAAGUACACGAAGAAAAAACUCAAGAUUUAUCACAGCAUCAGUCCGAAUUAAUUAUUGCUUUAAUCGAGCCACUAAAAAGCCUUACUAAAGAAGUGGUGGAUUGUACUGAAAUUGUCGAAGCACCAGAUAAAUUAGAUAAACAACGAAAUAAGAUGAAAAAAGUUGUACUUGACUUUAAACAAAUUUUAGAGCAGAUACCACCAGCUAUAAUUGGAGCACUGACUAUUCAACCAUUGGUAAAUCCCAUAGAAAAGCUAUUGAUAACGAUUUCUAAUAUUGAGAAAAAUUUGGAGGCGAAAAAAUCUGACAGGACUGAUAUUUCUGCUGUAAAGGAAAUAACAAGCUCAGUUUCUACCUUGAGAGAUUCAUUAAAUCAAAUGAAAAUUAAAGUAAAAGAAAUUGGUAAGCCCUUGGAAGGUGCAUCUGUCAUUAAAUUGGAUGAAUGUGUAUCUUUUCUUAACAUCUCCCUAUCUGAAAUUCAAAAGAUACCUAUUGAGGAAACUGCACAGGAUAUUUUACCUGAGCAGGCUAAAGAAAUUCUUGAUCUAGUUAAACCUAUAAAUAAAUUAUCAACCGUUAUUGUGGAUUCUACACUUGCAUCACAACCAAAUCAACCGCAAACGAUUGCAGCUAUUGUUAACCUACAAGAUCAAAUCAAAAAUGUAAUACAAAUUAAAUCUAAAUCUAAACACAUGAAAUCUGUAAAAUCUUCCGUACAAUCACUGUCGAAAGCUGUAACGCACUUAGAAGAAUUCUUAAAUGUUGUAAAACCUCAACGACUAGACAUAACUGCUAUCAAGGAAAUAACAGAACCAAUCUUAAAACUGAAGGAUGAGAUUUCCCAAAUCAAAGACAAAUCCCAAGAACUAAAAUUGGAACAAAAAGGACUAUUAGUCGUCACGGAAAUCUAUGAGCCCUUAGAAAUGUUACAGUCAUCGAUUUUUAAUAUCGAAAAUUCUACUUCUGAUGAAAUCCCAGAUAUAUCAUCUAUUCAUGCAGACACAAUAAGAAGUUUGACCGAACCGUUGAAACAAUUUAGAGAACUAGUUUCCGCUACUAAAGGACUGUUACCAAAAUCAGAACUUUUAGAUCAACAGGUACCACCAGCGAAGGAGGUAAUGCAUGCUUUGAAGAAGCAAAUCCAGAAGGCUUUAGAAGUUUGCCCCCAAAACAUGUCAGUACAUUUACUACAGGCCCCCCUUCAGGCUCUUUCAUCGUCUAUAGAACAUAUGGAGAGUUCCUUAGAAGAAGCAGAUAGAAAGUUAGAGCGAUUAGACCUUUCAACUUUGAAGGCAUUAGAAAAACCAUUUGAACAUUUAAAGAAUGAGAUCAGUCAAAUUUCCAUGAAGACUGAGACGCUGCAUUCAUCACCUCAAAAAGGAGUACUGUCUGUAACUGAAAUUAAAGAACCUUUAUUACUGGUGUGUAAUGCUUUAGAAGGUGCUGAAAGAAUAAUUAUGGAAGAUAAAACUGAAGAUAUCACACCACAACAGGCAGAAGUAUUAAACGCAUUAAUCAAACCUGUUCAAAGAAUGCUAAAAAUUGUUGUAGAUAAUAAAGAAUUUAUUUCAAAGCCGGAACUAUUGACAAAACAGAAACCAAAAGUAAAAAAGGCUAUAUCUGCCUUAAAACAAAAUAUAGAAAAGGUUACACUUGAGUGCGCAGAAGCCGAUUCCAUAAAACCAGUUGUAAAAUCCCUUGAAGUUCUAUCUGGAGCUAUUUUAGUUGCAGUGAAAAGCUUAGACAGUGAAGAGAAAGUGAAGGAACGUCUUGAUAUCAGCGCUAUAAAGAAGAUCGAAGUACCAAUCACUGUCUUAAAAGGGGAAUUAAUUGAUCUGAGUGAAAAAAUAACGAAUCUUGCUAGCGCACCUAACAAGGCAAUCAUAUCCCUAACUCAAAUUGCCCAGCCUUUAUCAGAACUUCUUACCGCAGUUGUAGAUGCACGAAAUAAAAUUUCUAAAGAAAACGUACAGGAUAUAUCACCCAAACAGGAAGAGACAUUUGUUACUAUAACAGAACCACUGCAGAAGUUAUCAGAGUUAGUAGUGACUACCAAAAAUACUUUAACUAAGCCGGAAGUAUUUGAAAGUAAUAAACCUGAAGCAAAACAUGCUGUCUCUUCAUUGAAGACACAUAUUGAGAAAGUUAUCCUGAUACUACCAGAAACUAUAGCUUUUCAGACAUUAAUAAAUCCUCUCGCUGCUCUCUCAGCGAGUAUCGAUCAAUUCGAAAAAUCUUUAGAGGAAGAACAAGUACAUCUGGAGGGCACUACUGUUGAAGAAAUAGUGAAAUCUAUUUCGAUUCUAUCAAACGAAGCGGAUAAGCUUCACAAUGUAUCACAACAACUACAUGUCACGCCUAAUGAAGAGAAAAUGUUAUCUAUAAUUCAAGUAAAUGAACCAUUAUUGUCGUUAAAGGAUUCACUUUUAACUUAUGAGAACAUUGCAAAAGAUACCAAAGCAAGAGAGACGUUGGAAGAACUAGUUAAAUUGAACGAGCCAAUACAAAAGGUUACGGAAAAUAUCGUCCUUAUUACAGAAAAUGUUUCGGAGCCAGAAAUUUUAUUAGAACAGAAACCUAAAAUGAAACAAUCUCUAAGUGACUUGAAACAACAUAUCGAUACAAUAACGCAAAAAAUACCUGAUCCUAAUUUCGUGACUAUACUCAAUAAUCCCCUGCAAAAGUUUUCGGCUACACUAGAGAACGUAUUGAAAUGUUUAGAAGCUUCCGAUAAAAUUGUGAAACCAGUUCAUGGUAUAAAGCAAAUAGUCGAGUCGGUAACAAAUUUGAAAACGGGAAUACAACAGUUGCAAGUAAAGGUACAAGAUAUGCCGUCUCCACAAAAGGGAGAUUUGUCAAUUGCUGACACAAACAAAUCCUUAUCCGAACUUUAUGCAUCGGUUUCUGAAGUCGAAACUGUUGCCUCAGAGUUGACAGCACAAGAUUUACCUCCUACAUAUUCCGAGGCAAUUGGUAAAUUGGUAAGUCCUCUAGAAAAGCUGACCAAACUAGUGGUUGAAAAUAAUCAAGCCAUUGUGAAACCACAUAUAUUGGAACAACAGAAACCUGAAAUAAAGAAAGCUGUCGCUGCGAUAAAGCAGGAAAUAGAUAAAAUUGUUCAGACUACUCCGGAGCCUCAAUCGUUACAAAUAUUGACAAAGUGGCUACAGACACUUUCAGCCAAGGUAGAAAAUAUAGAAGCAAUUUACGAGGAACUCAUUCAAAAGAAAUUAAAUAUUUUUGCUAUAAAAGAGCUACCUAAGCCGAUAUUAAAUUUAAAACAACAAAUAGAACAACUUUCGUCUAAAGUCAAAGAAAUGAAAAUUUUACCGCAAAAGGGGGUGCUGACUGUCAUAGACUUAAAUGAACCUUUGAAAUUAUUGUAUUCCUCAGUUUCAACUCUGCAAUCCAUUGAAGAACCUGUUGACGAUAUUACAGCAGAUCAAGCGGAAGCACUGACUUCACUGAUAGAACCGCUUAAUAAAGUAAGUGAUGCAGUCGCUAGUACCCAAGAAGUUAUAACAUCUGUUCAGUCACUUCAAAAACAAGAGCCUGAUAUGAAAAUUGCUAUAUCUUCGCUGAAGCAACAAAUAGAAAAUGUUAUACAAAAAACUGUGGAUGCCAAAUCAGUCGAAAAACUUUUACCACCACUACAAAGUGUUUUAGUGGUAGCAUCGUCUGUAGAAAAAUCUUUGCAAUCUGUGCAGAGGCAAGACAAUGCAGCUAUAAAAGAAAUGGCAAAGAUAGUAAUGCAUCUACAGAGCGAGGUAGCACAAUUAGAAACGCAAAUCAAAGAUGUGAGUCCUUCGUCACAUAACGCGGUGUUAUCCGUUAUAGAAAUUAGGGAGCCUUUGUCGUUACUUAGUGCUUCCAUCUCAGAACUAGAGAGAGUAGAUCUUCAAGAACCUGUUCAAGAUCUAUCUAUAGAACAAACAAACCUAUUACUAGAUUUAUCUAAGUCUUUAGAUAAGUUAUCCACUAUUGUGGUAAAUAGUAAGGAAACAUUAAGAAAACCAACAGUACUAGAACUCCAGAAAGCAGAGUUGCAGAUUGCUGCUUCUGCAAUAAAACAACAUAUAGGCAAAGUUUUGCUAGAAGCAUCAAAAGCAAUACCGGUAAAGAAGCUAGAGAUACCUCUUACUGCUCUUUCUGCAGCUAUUGAACGGGUAACAGGUGUUUUAGAAGCAGACGAAGAAAAAUUGAACCAGAAAAUUGUCUUAUUCUCUAACCUUGAUGGUGUUCAUACUUCUCUGAAGAACUUAAAACGGAAUUUGGAACAUUUAUUGAAAAAACGUGGUCGCGCACCUCUAUUAAAUAAAUCUAUAAUAGGAUCUGCUCUUGAUAUAAGCGAGUUCAUUACUUCUGCUUGUGAAGUAAUCAAUGCUGUCAAGAAUAAAACAGAUAUAGAUACAGGCCCAUCUGAUUUGUGUGAUAAUUUGAAGACAUUUGAAUUAACUUUAAAUACUCUUGAUGCUGUAAUAGCUGAGUUAGCUGAAUCCAAAGUAAUUUUCCAAAAUGAUACUAUAGUAAAUAACCUAGCAAUAGCAAUUUCUACGUUUGAGAAGUUAACUGGAUAUUUUACACCAAUAAAGUGCUAUUCCGACUUUGCUCUCCCGCUAAAUGGAAUUUUGGUUCAAUGCAGAGAAAUGUUGAAACGCUUCAACGAACUAAAAACCACCGUAUUGGAUUUAAACACAAUUAAAUUACCUCUCUGCGCAUUGUACGAAGGAAUUAAACUUCUUAACUUUGAAGCUACCUGUGAUAAAGAUCAAAAUUUUGAAGAAUUCUGCUUGUUACAUGAACCGCUAUUUGAAGUUAUAGACAUUUUAAGCAGAGGCGAAAUUGAUGCAGACAGCAUUAAUAAUUUGAAGAAUAUAAUUGAGCCUAUUACAAAAUUCUCAUCCGCUGUUAAUACUGUUGGUAGUAUUGAUAACAAGAACAAACUGCAAAAUGUAAAAUUGGAUAUGAUUAAACAUCUACAAAACUUAAAAAAUAGUAUAGAUAAUACAACUGUCCUAUUUGUAAGUUCGAAAGACAACGCUCGUGUUCUGCAGACUCUAAUCAACCUGUCGAAGAAAGUUGAAAAUGUACUGCAGAAGUUCGAACAGGCAGAAGUGCAAAGGAAUGAUUUAACUGUUGUUAAACAUUUGAAAUUACCUGUUGGGCAGUUACAAGAAGAAAUGGUUAUACUAACUAGCAAUUUUGACAAAUUAUCGGAAGACGAAAGGUUUGCGUGUGACUUAACUGCUCCUAUAAGUGAUUUAUCUGCGGCUUUAAAUAUAGUGGAAAAACUGGCUAAAGAUCGUAAAACAGAAGACAUAACAGCUAGCGCCCUUCAAGCUUUCGAAAACAUUAUUCCACCGUUUGAAGAUUUACUGAUUGAAUUUGUUAAAAUAAAUUCUACACUUGAAAAAACAAACACGAUAAGAGACCAGUACACUAACUUCAUCAAAUCGUUAAACAGGCUUAAGGAGUGUAUCGAUACUCUUUUGUUAGCGCCCGUUGAAACGAAGACGGUGGAAGUUCUUUUUAUGCCGCUACAAGCUUUGACCCAAAGAAUUACAGAAAUUAAAAACAAACUAACGUCUAAAAUAGAAUUCGAACAAGAUGAACACCGCACCCGCUUAAUACAACCACUUGUAUCUGUAAAAGAAGAACUACUAGCUUUAAAAUCGGAUAUAAAAAUACUGCAAACCCCACCUCUGAAUGCAGUUUUAUCAGUAACAGAAAUGGAAGUUCCUGUUCAAAAGAUCAUCGAAACAUGUAGAAGUUUAGACUCUAAACUAAUCCCUAAAUUGGAACAAAUUAACGACACCGUAGCAACACCCUUUGGUGAGUUACUGAGAGCUCUGGUUACAGUAAAAUCCGUCAUGACCAGUCCAGAACUUACCGUCUUAGAGUUGCCAGUAUUGACUAAAGUAUUAAAGUCGGUAAAAGCUAGUACUGAGUUAAUUGCGUCAGAUCCAACGUUUGAUGAAACUAAAAUUAAUGAACCAAUAGCUACACUAAACAAAAUGAUAUCAGACAUUAUAGAAGAAAGUGUUAAACUGAGAAACGACUUUAAAACUUUAACAAAUCUCGAUCAAGCAUUGGAAAAUCUAAUGAAUACUGUUAAAGGCCUUAAUACAAAUGCAAAUGCGUUAGCGGCAAUAAGCGAGGCAAAUAUUUUGGUUUUGGAAAAGUUGUCAGAACCAAUAAAACAACUUCAGGAUAAUAUUAGGUUUGCCAAAGACACCGGACAUGACUUAAACGACUUUUCUCUUGAAUAUGCUACAAAAAUAUACAAUGCAGGUGAUAAAAUAACAGGACUGGCGUUAUUCUUGGAAGAUAUCCUUGGGGACAUUAACACCUUAGACGAGGAUCUGUGCUGUAUUCUGGAAGAUCUAAGGAACGAUUUUUCAGAAACUUCCCGUACUGUGUCAUUAAAUGAAAAAAUGGAGAUAGUAUCGCAGUCUCUCUUAUUAUUUGCAGAAAGUUUAUCUUUACCUAUUAGCCAAUUUAGGAAGACGAUACUGGCUAAAAGGAAGGAUAUGAGAUUUAUUCUCGAUUUGAAAGAUGCUGUAAGUCACCUUAGAAAUAAUUUAGAUAAGAAUUUAGCAACCCUUAAAUUGAUGCCAUCACUCGACUUACUGCAAGCGACUUUGUCUGAAACAGAACAAAACAUAGCAUCUAAAGGAAAAAGCGAUAUUACUGCAAAUAUAUCACAUAAAUUAAAGUUAUCUGAAAGCAUAUCAGAUCUUGAUAUCGCUUUACAAGGUUCUGAAAAUGACGUAAAGAUUUUAAAACAUCUAGAGUUGGUAGAGAACAAACUAUCACAAACUAUAGAUACUCUAAAUAAUGUAAAAAUUUUAAAACCUGUCAAUAAUCCCCUUGCUGUAUUAAAAGAUGCAAUAGUUGAUAUAAUUAAAGAAAUAAGAGAAAACCAGUUAAUAGAUGAAAAUAGGAAAGAACAAAAUAAAGAAGAGGAGAUUAAAGUGGAAGAAGAGCCAGAUAAAGACAAAAAACUUAAUAAACCAAAACAAGAAGUAGAAGACAAAAAUGAACCGACAGGCGAAAAAGAAGUGGAAGAGUUGCGUAGUAAAGAACAGGUUUCAACGGAAAUCCAAGAGGAACCACAGAGAGGAAAGCAAGAUAAAAAGAAAACUAAAAAAGAAGAAACUGGAAAAGAUGAAGCUAAAGUUAAGAAACCAGAUAUAGAACCAGAAACGAAGAGCAGCAUUGUGGAAGAUAAAAAAGAAAUUAAAACAGAAAUUGAAAAUAAUAAAUUAAAAUCUGUGGAAGAAACAAAAGAGAAAGUUACUGUAGAAGAAAAUGAACAACAAAUAAAAAGUGAAACUGAUGAAAAACCUGAAACUGAAACAAAAGAAGAGGAAGCAAAACUUGAAGAUGAAGGAAAUAAGCAAAUUUUAAAAAAUAAAAGUGAGAAGCCGGCCAUGGAAAUCAAGGCUGAAGUAGAAAAAGGUAAAGAGGAUGAUGCCGGAAAAACAAGUAAAGAAAAAGGAAAGAGUGAAAGUAAAGAAAAAUCUGAUAGUAAAACUGAAGAAUUGAUUACAGACAAAGUUGAAGGGAAGAUCACUAAGGACGAGAAAACUGAACAAGACAUAAAAGAACAAUCUGAACCUAAAAAGAAGGAACUAGGUGAUGACAGAGUCAAAGCUUCAGAUGAGGAAGGUAAACAGGAUCUAAAAGACAAAGAGUGUGCCGUGGCAGUAAAAGCAGGAGAGGAAAUAGAUAAAGACAAGGAUGCGACAAAAGUAGGUAAAGGAAAGGGAAAACGUAAAGAAAAAUCUGACAAGAAAAAGGAAGAACUGAUUAAAGAUAAGGUCGAAGAGAAAGUUAUCGAAGACGAGAAAGCUAAACAAGAAAUACAAAGUGAAGUUAAAGAGAAGUCAGAAUCUAAAAAGGAGGAAUUAAGUGAGAAAGACAAAGUGAAAGCUGCAGACGGAGAAAGUAAACAAGACUUAAAAGAUAAAACUGAGGGGGAACUUGAUGUAGAAGUUAAAGCACUAAAGGAAAAAGAUAAGGAUGCCGAAAAAGCAAGUAAAGAAGAAGCAGAAGGUGAAAAUAAAGAAAAGUCUGACGCAGUUAAAGAAAGUGUUAUCAAAGAAGAGGAAGCGAAGCAUGAAAUAAAAAGGGGAAUUGAAGAAAAAUCUGAAACGGAAAAGAAGGAAUUAGGUGAGAAAGACGAAGUGAAAGCUGCAGAUGAGAGAAGUAAAAAAGAUUUGAAAGAUGAAGAGAAGGAUGUUAAAAAAGAAAAAGGAGGAAGUGCAACUAAAGAGAACAACAAAAAGGAAAAAUUAAUGUUAGACAAAGAUAAAGAAAUGGUAGAUAAACAAGAUAUACAAAACGAAACUGAGACGAAAAAGAAGGAAUCAAGCGAUGAAAAGGCGGCCAAACCUACAGAAGAAGCGAAAAAAGAUAAAACUGGGGAGGACCUUGCAGUAAAAAAGCAAAAAACACUAGAAAAGGAUAAAGAAAGUGAUCCUAAGAAAGCAAGUAAACGAAAAGUAAAAGGUGAGAGUAAAGAGAAAUCUGAAAUUAAGAAGAAAGAAGUGGCUGCGGACGAAACUAAAGAAAAAAAUCUGGAAGAAGAGAAUAAAAAGGAAAUUAAAAAUGAAACUGAAGAGAACACUGAAAUUAAAAAGGAAGUUCUAAGUGAGAAAGAGAAACAUGUAGCUGACACAAAUAAGCAAGACUUAAAAGACGAAAGCAAAGAGCCUGCAAAUAAAACGAAAACAGUAGUGGAAAAAGAUAAAGCAGAUGAUAUUGAAAAAGAAACGGAACGGCAAUUAAAGGAUAAAGGUAAGGAAAAAUUACAAACAGAGAAAGAAGCCAGCGGCGCAGAAAAAAGUAAAAUUGUAGAAGAAAGUAAACAAGAAAUAGAAACUAGUCUUAAAGAGAAAGCAGAUAUUAACAAGGAAAAAAAUAAAAGCGAUAAAUCUGCAGAUAUAAUGAAAGAUAAAGACAUCCAACAAGACAAUAAAAAAGUAAAAGGAGAAAAACAGACAAAAAUUGAUGAAUCGAAGAAAAAAGGUGUUGAACCUAGAGAUGAAGUUAACGAAAAAGAUUCAAAAAAAGACAAGAAAGUCGUACAAGAUGAAACUAAAAAGACAACUGAAGGUAAAAGGAAAAAGUCCAGUGAGAAAGAAAAAGAGGUUACAGAAAUUUUAGAAAAAGACUCGAAGAAAGGAAAAGAAGAAUUGAAAGAUGGAGAAAAAAUUGAAACUAAAACUGAGGAAUUGAGUGUAAACGAAAAAGUUAAACACGAGGAGGCAAUUAAAGAAAAUGAUAUUAAAAAUAAAAGUGAACAAGAUAUAAAACGUGAAACUGAUCUGACUGAAGAAGACAACAUAAAAGUAAUAUCUCAAAAAGACAAUGCCGAAGAAGAUGUUAUAAAGGAAGAAAAAUCCGAAACAAUAGAUGAUGUAAAACAAAAAGCGUUGAGUGAGGAAGAAAAGGUUAAAUCUGAAGAUAUAAAAGAAAGCAAACGAGAGGUAAAAAGUGAAACCGAACUUAAAAAGAAAAGAUCAGCUGAGGAAAUAAAAGAUAAAAGUAAACUUGAUAGCGAAGUAACAUCCACCAAAGAAGAAAUUAAAAAACCGGUGGAGGAUGAAGCUGACAAAAAAUCUAUGAGAGAUAAGAAGUCAAAUGAGAAACGUAAAGACAGAGAUGCCAUCAAAGACAUCAAAGAGGGAGACGACGGAAAAAAGAAAGGUGCAGCUAAAAGAAAUAUUAACGAAAGCGAUAUCAAAACCGAAAAGAAUAAAGAAGAUACAAAAAUUGAAUCUGAAAAACAAUCAGAAAUUAAAAAGAUCGGAGAUAUUAAGGAAGCGGAUGUUAAAUUAGAAAAUAAAGUUGAACAAAAAGGCAUUAAAAAUGAAAGUAAAGGAGAUUUAAAACAUGAAGCGAAAGACAAACUUGACAUAAAAGAUGAACCACAAAAAGUAGAGGAAGGAAAAAGUAUUACUGAACAAAAGGAAAAAGAUAAGAAGACAGAAGACAUAGUGAAAGAGAAGGAUACGACACCUGCAGAAAAAGAGACUAAAGAUGAAAAUGUGGUUAAACCUAAGAAACAACGGAAAGAAAAGCCACUGGAACCCAAAGAUUUAAAAGCAGAUGGGAAAUCCUCAUCAACACCGGAUAUUAAAGACACAAAGUCAGAAUCUGCUGAACAACAUAAAAUAUCAGAAACAGAAAAGAAAGAACCGAAAACAGAUUUAAAAGAAAAGGAAAUUACUACAGAGGGAGAUAAGACAGUUUCUGAAUCUGUCGAAGAAAAAGAUAAAAGAGUGAAAGAUAUUACAGACGAUAAAACAAAAUCUGCAGGUAUUGCACAAAAAGAAAUAAAUGAAAAGGAAGUUAAAGAGGAAAAACCCCUUCAGACGGAGAAACUUACAUCAGAAGAAAAAGUAAAACAAACUGAAAGUAAUAAGGAUGAAGGGAAGAAAGAUGCAAAACAGAAAAAAGUUAAAGGAACAGAGAAGAAAUCUAAAGAAGAAAAAGAAAAGUCAAGUGAUAGAGAUAAAAAGAGUGAGAAAGUAUUAGAAAAUCAGACAAUAUCUGAUCUAGAAGUUAUUGAACAUAAAGCCGAUAAACGGGAUGAUUUGAUAGAAGAAACAGGUCCAAAAACUGUUCAAGUUAUUCCUGAAGAUAAACGAUUACAAGAUAAAGUAGUGAACGAGAAAGACUCACAAAAACCAAAAGAAGAUAAAGGUAAUGAAGAAACUGACAGACUUAGAGAGGCAAAAGAAAGUAAAGUAGAUACUGAAACCCUUCUUGAAAAGAAAUUGGAGGAGAAAAAGAAAAGCGUAACGGAGAUCGAGGAAACAGAAAAGAAAAAGACAAAAGCUGCAUCAUCAAAAAUAAAAGAUAAAGGACCGAGAACCAUGUUAGAAACAGAAAAAGAUGUUAAAGAUUUAAAGGCAAAGGAUGAAUCUUCCAUUACAGUUAACGGUGAAGUGAAAUUAAAGAAGGAGGAAAAAGUAUCGAAAUUAGAGGAAGAAGAGAAAUCGGUAGAAGUAAAAUCUAGAGAGGAAAUUAAAAAAAGUAAAGAGCCUAUUCGUCAGGCACGUAAAGAUUUGAAGUCUGGUAUAAAAGACAAAGAUAAAAUAGACAAACAACAAGAUAAAGUGAAAAAGGAAGAAGACAGGGAAGAUAAAAGUAAAAAUUUAAUAAAUGGCACCACCGUUAGCCCGUACACAGACGAUGUGGAAUCGCAACAUUCAAACAGGCACGCAAUUUUAGAAACCAAGCAAAUAAGACCAGAUAUAGAUUUAGACAUGUACAAGCCGACAUCUUACCACGGACCAAGAUUUUCAGAAAGAAAACCAACAUUUACUACCAACUUAACCAGUCGCACUGCCACAACUGGAUGUAGAGUUAAAAUGACGUGUAGUGUUAUCGGGGAAGGAACUGAAAUAAAUUGGUUCAAAAAUGGUAAACCCGUCUCCUCUGAAACUAACUACUACAUAGAAUAUUCGAACAACGUGGCAACCUUAGAAAUUUUGAACACGUCUCCUGAUGAUUCUGCAGAAUAUUCAUGUGUAGCUAAAAACGAGCAUGGGAUGAGCUCAACAUCGGCCGAUCUAAAAAUAAUAGAUGGAUUCGAUCCUUCGCCUCUCCCGCCUACAUUUACAAGACCUAUUCGAGAUUACUACCGAAUUAAACAGAAUGAACUGACUUUAGAAUGCAGAAUCAGAAGUCAGCCUGCUCCGACAAUAAAAUGGUACAAAAAUGGAGAGGAACUGAGCCCAAGCAUGAGAGUUGCCCAAAGCUACUUGGCUGAUGGUAUAUGUAAGUUAUCCAUAUCUAACCCUGACAAAACCGACAGUGGAAGGUAUACCUGUAGGGCAGAGAAUAAAUCAUGGAAUGAUCAAAUAUCCCACGAGGUCAAAUUCACUUCAAAGGAAGAUUACAUAAAAGAAAAAUCGGAACAUAGGACAAUUUUUAAAUCUACUACAUCUGAAUCAAGAAGACCUUACUUCUCCGGAGUUUUGACGGACAACUUCGUCCCUUCAGGUGGCGUAAUGGCUCUGCAGGUGCAAGUGAAAGGUAGUCCCGCUGAAGUAACAUGGUUCAAAGAAAGCGCUAAGUUACCAAAAGCAUCUCCAAGACAUAGAACAUUUGAGGAACAUGGAGUUCACACAUUAGUCGUACCAAAUAUAAAUGAAUAUGAAGCAGGAAAAUAUACUUGUAGGGCAUCUAACUCAUAUGGACGUAUAGAAACUUCAGCUUAUGUCCAAGUGGUGCACCCGUCGUUGAUUCGAGAAGGAAAACCGGCAAUGUUUUUGUCCAGGCCUGAGAAAAUCUUGAACGUAGCUACUGGGGAAGACAUAGUUGUCUCCUUUAGAGUAACUGGAGAUCCAAAGCCAAGAGUUACUUGGAUGAAAGGCUUAAGAGACAUAACGGACAGUUUGAGAUCCUUAAAAGAAACAUCAGACGACUAUGUCAGGUUUACCCUGAAGAGGGCAACUAAUGACGAUGUCGGUACUUACUGUAUUCUUGCUAAAAAUCGAUAUGGCUGUGAUAGAGCGUUCUUCACCGUGCGCUUAAGGCAUAGGGCGCGAUCUGUGACACCUUCGAGGGAGGAUGCGCAAACAAUUUUGGCAGACAUUCCAUCGUACCGUGAGAGACGUUCAAUGACUGAUGUUCCUGGACCGAUUCCCGGUGAGCCGGUGGUGGUCGACACGGGCCGCAACUGGGUCAGCCUGUCCUGGGGUAAACCAGAACACCGAGGUGCUUCCUCCAUCGUGGCGUACCGUGUCGACGCCUGGUUGAGGGGUGGAGAGGGCGCGAGAUGGGUGGAACUAGGUAUGUCUCCCUUGAACACCUUCGACGCCUUCAACCUUAAGCCAGGGGGCGAGUAUCAGUUCAGGAUUACUCCAAGGAACAGGUACGGAUGGGGAGAGAGCGUCCAGAGCGGUACCAUCAUAGUAGGCAAGCACAACGCUUUGCCCGAAUUUACCAAGAUCUUGCCUGGACAGCUAAAGGCUUUGCUAGGGUCCGAUAUUGCUCUCGAAUGCGAGGUUCGUGGAGAUCCAGUCCCAGCCAUCACCUGGUCAAGAGAUUCCAUCGAAAUAUUUGCGGAAGAUGACGACCGUUACAGCAUCACACAAAAAGGCGGUUCGUGCUCGUUAACAAUUUCCAAUCUGCAAGAAGUCGAUUCGGGAAGAUUUAUGUGCGAGGCCGUGAACAAAAUUGGAAGGGUUUCAACGUACGCGAGACUGUUUGUCGUUAAGGAUCCCAAAAUUCUCACAGCCGAUAAAAAUUUGAAACUAUCGAUUAGAGACUUUGACAAAACAACAGAACUACCUCCCCAAUUCACCAUGCGACUCAGAGACAGAAGAGUCCAAAUGUCGUACCCGGUCCGUCUGACUUGCCAAGUCGCGGGAUGCCCAGAGCCUACAGUAAAAUGGUUCAGAGACGGUCAGGAAAUCCAAAAAGAUGCUCGGCAUGCGUUCUCGACUGAAGACAACUUCCAUACAUUGGAAAUAGACAAAGCCCAUCUGGAGGACUCUGGUGUUUACAGUGCUACUGCUCAUAAUACCUUUGGAUCCGUAUCCUGUCGGUGCAAUCUUGUAGUCGACAAGGGCAUUAAGGCUUAUAUUUCUCCAGAAUUUUCCAGCCAAUUGGAGCUGUCGUCGUCGGAAGUGCGCGAGGGAAGUGAACUGAGAUUAUCUGGCAUUGUCGAGGCUUAUCCCACAGUUGGUAUAAUGUGGUACAGAAAUGGGCUGAAACUUCGCCCGUCAAGACGAUCGGUGAUGACUUUGUCCUAUGACGGCCGUGUCGAGUUGUCGAUUGGUGGAGUUACCAAGAAAGACGCUGGAGUUUACACCUGCGUAGCUACCAAUGAAGUUGGGAGAGCUGAAAGCAGUGCCAAGGUAGACGUGACGGAUGGGAAAUCUCUUGCGGUACCUCGGGAAAAACCCGUUAAAAAAGAUGUUGAAAUUCCGUAUUCCAAGGAGCCUAAAUUUUUGAAAAAGCCAAGAUCUACCGAAGCAUAUGAGGGUGACAACAUUGUCAUCUUGUGCGAAGUUAUUGGAGAUCCUAAACCAGAAGUUGUUUGGCUUCGAGAUUUUUUGAAGCCUGACUAUUACAGAGAUGCCGCACACUUCCAUCGGGUUGGAGAUGGACCCGAAUACCGUUUGGAGAUUCCCAACGCCAAAUUAGAUUACACAGGCACAUACACCGUGUACGCGAAGAACUGUAAUGGGGAUACCAAGGCGAUCAUAUCUUUGCAGAUAAAAGUCAGAGAUCCUAAAAUGCCAACUGGAACAAUGGACAAAAAGAAAAUUGGUGACGUACAAACUAUACCAAAAAUAUUAAUGGACCUGCGUGAUAUACGCUGUUGCGAUGGGGAUGCUGCAACAAUGGAAUGCAAAGUAGAGGCAACUCCUGCUCCUGACAUAAGAUGGGAAAAAGGAGGGAAGCUGAUCCACUUAGGAGGAGAUUUCAAUGCCGAGUUCGAUGGCGAAACUGCCAGGUUGUCUAUAAAUCAAGUUUACCCUGAGGAUGAAGGAGAAUACACAUGUGUAGCGUAUAAUGAACUAGGAAAGGCGUUCACAUCCGCCUGCCUCAUAGUGGACAUUCCAGAGGAAAAAGAGAGUCUGAUCAACCAACAGCUUAGACGACCAUCCGGCUUCCUGGAUGGAUCAACCCCGAUUUCCACGCCGCGUACCACUCCCAAUAGAAGCGUCUCCCCUCGGCCCCGGUACAGGGAAAUCAUCUCUACAGAAACCAGAACGCGCAGAAUGCGAGCAGCAGCUCCGAAAUUCUAUGCCUACCCACAUAACCGAGUAGCGGAAGAAGGAGAAACCGUCCGUUUCCAGUGCGCUGUUGCUGGCCAUCCGGAUCCAUGGGUUACUUGGGAAAAGGAUGGCGAGAUCGUGACGCCUUCUGCCAGGUUGAAAAUAACCGAAAACGAGGACCUUAGGACGCUAGAAAUCAGGGAAGUGACGCCUAGCGAUUCCGGCGUCUACAAAAUAAUCCUUGAAAACGACGUUGGUAGAGUGGAAGCCUCAGCAAAAUUAGACGUAAUCGCCCAUAGACAAGUCUCAGCCAGAGGGAUUAGAGCACGAAGUUUGUCCCCGAGGAGCACCCCAACGUACUCGAGAGGCCUUAUAGGGGCAUCUGCCAGGUACGGAAGCAGAGCUCGUCUUUACUGCGAUAUCCGCGCCGUGCCCACGCCUUUUCUAAGAUGGUACAAAGACGGAAUUCCUUUAGAUGAUUCUGAAAAAUACAAGAGCGCGUACGAUGGAAAAGUAGCUUCGCUAGAGAUUGACAACGUGACUUGUGAAGACGCUGGGUUGUACACUUGUGUGGCCAAAAACAAAAACGGGUCUGCGGAAACUUGUGCGCAACUUGAAGUGUUCAGGGAAGAAAAUCUUCCGCCAGAAAUUAUCGAGGGAUUGCCCAAGAGACUAAACGGAAUGGAAGGCAAUCCGGUUACGAUGAAAAUCAAGGCCAUAGGGUCACAACCCUUCGAUGUGGUGUGGAUGAAGGACGGUUGUAUCUUGCCCGACUGCGCUGAUUUUCGUCAAGUUCAUAGCGAUGACGGGAGCAUUAGUCUGCAUUUACGUGACGCUUAUCCCGAAGACGCUGGCAAUUAUAGGUGUGAAAUAUAUAACGUGUAUGGAGAUGCCUUUUCUACGUGCCAUCUUGUAGUCCAUGAGAGAACCGGUGGUUCCGGAAAAAUUGAAUUUUCAAAGCCUCCCUCACCUGUAAUUGCGACAGAGGGUGGAAAUGCAUCCUUUUGUGUUCGAUUUUCGUCUACAAUGAAUGAACAUCCAGUAAUACAAUGGAAAGUAGCAGGAAAAGUUGUUACACCUUCAGAGAAAUUCAGGGUAGAGGAAGACGGUGACGUCAACAUUCUCCACAUUACCGGCGUGACAUGGGCAGAUGCCGGCCAGGUGAAGUGCACCGCGACUCAGCGCUCCGAAGAAGUGGCAGUCGCGAGCUGCAGCACCGAGCUGACGGUCGUUAGAGAUUUCGACGCGCUUGACGACGGCAACAGUGACAGUGGUACCUCCAUGGACGUGCUGGGUGAGGAGUCGCCGCCGGCUGAGGCGCUUGUGUCGGGCGUCGAGGAGCCCGCGAUGCUCCUGAGGGGGCCCCAGGACACCACGGCCCUGGUAGGGGACCGAGUGCUGCUCAAGGCCACCUAUAUGGGUCAUCCGGAACCGACCGUGAGGUGGACCAGAGCGGGCCGCAUGCUGAAAAACGACGAACGAACGAGCAUCACAUCUGGAGCCGGCGUCUCGUGUCUUCUCCUCCAAAACAUCACCGCCGAUGACAGCGGAAAAUACGACAUUUGCGUAGAGAACAUCCAUGGAGCGGACUGUAAUUACGCUUCUGUGUCCGUAGAAGGCCCUCCAGAUCCCCCUAGCGGGACGCCUUGCAUUACAGCCAACUUGGACAGUGUCACUGUUGCCUGGAGUAGUUCUCCCUAUGACGGAGGCAAAAUUGUCAACGGUUACGCCGUUGAAUACUCUCUUGUCGGAAGCGAUAUCUGGACCACCGAUGUGGAGGAAUGCCAUUCUCUGAGCUAUGUUGUUAGAGGGCUGCAACCUGGCGGAAGAUAUGUCUUCAGAGUUCGAGCCCUCAACAUACAUGGAUACAGUAAACCUAGUCUUGAGUCUGAUAUAGUUCAAUUAGAGGAACAUAAUGAAUCCAGUUCUUUUGAACCCAGAACAGUCUCCAUAGAACCAGGUCCAGAAUUCAAGGACCGUUACGAGGUAUUAGAAGAACUGGGAAAAGGACGCUUUGGCGUCGUUCACAAAGUAGUUGACAAAGUCUCAAACCAAAAACUGGCAGCAAAGUUCAUUAAGUGCAGAACAUCCAAAGAUAGAGAUAAGGUACAAGAUGAAAUCGACAUCAUGAACAUUCUCAGACACCAAAAGCUCCUGCAGUUGGCAGCUGCUUUCGAAAAUCCCAGAGAUAUGGUUAUGAUCUUGGAAUAUAUUUCCGGAGGAGAAUUAUUUGAACGAGUGGUGGCCGACGACUUCACGCUCACCGAAAAAGACUGUAUUUUGUUCACGAGGCAAAUCUGCGAAGGGGUUGCUUACAUGCACUCCCAGAACGUAGUACACCUGGACCUGAAACCCGAAAACAUAAUGUGCCACACCAGGACGUCGCACGAAAUAAAAAUUAUAGAUUUCGGGCUAGCCCAGAGACUUAACCCCGAACAUCCGAUCCGCGUACUCUUUGGCACACCGGAGUUCAUCCCGCCCGAGAUUAUAAAUUAUGAACCCAUUGGAGUUGAAUCGGACAUGUGGUCCCUUGGAGUCAUCUGCUAUGUACUAUUGUCGGGCCUUUCUCCAUUCAUGGGCGAUACAGACUCCGAAACGUUUGCCAACAUCACAAGAGCCGAUUAUGACUUUGAAGAUGAAGCAUUUAAUACCGUUUCUCAGAACGCCAGGGACUUCAUCGCUGCUUUACUGAUAAAAAGAAAAGAAGAUCGUAUGUCAGCCGAACAGUGCCUCAAGCACGUCUGGUUAGACCCCGAAACUCACCAGGAAACCGUCGUCCUCUCCACGGACAAACUAAAGAAAUUCAUAAUUCGACGUAAAUGGCAGAAAACAGGUAAUGCUAUACGCGCCCUUGGAAGAAUGGCGACGCUUUCAGCAAGCCGACGGAAUUCCUCUAACUCCAAUCCAAAUACACCCCGCCCUUCUCUCUCAGGCAAUUUGGUGCCCAAGAUGUCCAGCUUGAACGAAGAGGAGUCGGCGACGGCUGCUAACGACACUAACGACACUUGCGAGAUUACUAACGGCUUUACUAAAAUUGAUAUUGACGUAGCAUCCGACGAAAAAACCGGUGCGGAUAUUGUAAAAAUAGAAGAACCCACAAUGGAUCAAAAUGACGAAAUCAGUAAUGAAUCUCAGCCAAAGAUCUUGCUUAAAUCAAGCAGCGAUAACGUGAAAAUUGUCAGAACGAGAGCCUGCAGCGAGAGAAGCGACAGUGGAAUCAGCGAUUGUUCUUCUCAUAUUACUUCGAGUAGUUGUACCUCGACCCCUUUGCUGGGUAAAAAGUUUUGCAUAAAUGAGGAAGUUGAGUACAACACCGACGACAAGAGAUUUAGCUCCUCCACUACGCUUGUGCUGAACAAUAGGUUAAUUAAAAACAACGAGAGGAAUCGUAGCGCUAGUCCCUUCGAUUCAUGUAAAAAUGAAAAUGCAAAAAUUAUACAGGAAGACAAGAAGCCUUUGAUAAUUGGCGACGAGGAAACUAAGCACUCUGCUUUGAGCUUGAAACUAAGCAACAAGAUUGAAACUUUUAACGGUAAUGGACCUGUAAAAUCUAAAUCACCAAGUGCGGCAAGUAGCCUGAAACGGCUGCCUAUCUACACAUCCCGCACUGUCGCUGGUACAAUAAAAAAAUUCGACUUAUCACCUGACGUUGCCGAAAAACCACCAACUAACGACAUUCCCAAAAUUGAGGAAAAUCUAUUGAAACCUAAAACCGUAUUUAAUAAAUUCCACGACGACCAAAAUUCUGAACCACUUAAAGACGUUACCAAGAUAAAAAUAUGCGGUCAAAUAGUUACCAAACACUCAAGCCAACAACAAUCCAAAGUAGAUAAAAUUGUGGAAAAAUUGUCAAACACGAGUAAAACCUCUAAUGGCAACGUGUUGUCUUCCGCCCCUACUACUGUUAGAUAUAGAUGUCCUUCGCCCUCUUUGUUGCGCAAAACUCAAGCCGUUAUCGCAAAGGAACAGUGCAACGAAUUUUACAUGGCGAAGCAGGCGCUGAAAAGCCCCGCUAACUCCCCCAAAUUGACGCCCAAAUUUAACCACAGCAAGACUAGUUAUCCCAAGCCCAAGUCGCCAAUUGUAAAUAAGAAGGAUAAACCAAAAAGUGAAAGCUUUCAAAAGGCAGCGGCGUUUUGGAAUUCACCUAAAACUUAAAAAUUACUGUUAAUACUUGAAUUUGUGUAUUGUAAAAUAUUGUGUACAUAUUAUAUUUUAUCUAUAUACCGGUCUAGUGCCUUAAAAUUAUAUAUAUUUUCAUAGUUUUAGCUCUCUUAAAGUUUUAUUUUUGUGUUAUGCAGAUCUGUUGUACCCUCCAAUUUUGUGUAUGUUAAACAACCUCAUAAUAAAUAUUAUUUAUUGUUA